AUGGCGCUGGAUAAAAGGUGAGUUUACAGGAACACUCAUGCAUCAUAACAACGUAAUCUCUUUAAAGUUGUAAUGAAGGCAGGAAUGUCUGGGUGCUAUUUACCAUCAGUGUUAAACAAUUUUUUUUUCUUUUUUAACAUCAGAAAUUGGUAUUUUUAAUUCAUGUUUUCUUAGUCUUUAAGAGCGUUGAUGUCCAAUACCAAAUCAUCAUUUGUUUUUUAUUAUUCCAUUAUAACUUUAAGUAUUGUACAUUACUCAAUAUAUCAUAAAACGAUUCCUGGGGAAUUUAAUUUUAGCUGUAGUAAACUAGAUGUCUUGUGAAAUUCCCCCAAGAUUCAUUCCAACUCUGUGUGCAUACUAUAUUUAAUUAUGCAUAAGACGUAGGAUAUCAAUCUUCCUCAUUUAAACUACCAACCAAAUAAAGCAUUUACACUACAGGGCACAAUGUGGGUCUUUUUUAUUUUAAGGGGAGGUCCAUCUAGGUCACCACUGUAAAAUCUCCGUUCACCCAAUGACUCCAUAUGCUAUGAUACAGCUCAAGAUUACCAAGCUUAGUAUAUACUGCUUUUAUCCAUCAAACUUUGAUAAUUCACAUAAAUUUGCUGCCAUUAUAAUUUGUAUCGCCUAUGAAAGGAUUUAUUAUUGUUAGGUAUGUAUAAAUGAAAAAAGAAAGGUAUGAGAUGUUAAUUAAAAAAGUAAGGCCCAUAAUUUUACCAAUUACUCAUUCUAAUUUAUUUUUUAACCCCUUCCCAACCGCAGACGUACUGGGUAUGUGUCACAACACCCCUUAGUUGAUUUGCUCUCGUGCAGUACCCACAUUCACCACUAUCUUUGUUUGGCACUGUUCCUGCAUUUUGCAUUUUUCUUUAUUUUUCUAAUUAUUUACGAAAAAAAGGGGUACAGAAAGGAAAAAGGGAUGGGGUACAGUCAGUAGCGUUGAAUAAUCAGUUUAAUACAAUUGUUCAUACAAUAUUAUGCAUUUAUCAUAUUGCAUUUUAAUAAUGAGUAUAUAGAUCCUGUCCAUAUUUAUUGUAUUUAACCUAGUGGGUACUACUGUGUCCACUCUGUGAUUUCCCUCAGGAUAUGUUGAAGACUACGAGAAGGGAGAGAAAAAAAAAAAGAAAGAAAAAAAAAAAAGAGAAAACAGGAAAAGGUUCACUCCAUAGCAUUCAAAUAUUUAAGCCGGUCUAAUAGUAGAGACUUAUAUUUAUUUCGCUUGGUUGCUUAUUAUUAUCAAAUGGAUUAUAUAUCCUACUUAUUAUGUAUAUCUGGGAUUAUGUUUUAGCUCGGCCUGGGUGACUAAGGGGCUAAACCGAAGUUUAAAAGUUAUUAUUGAUUUUUAUUAAUUUUUACUAUAUUCUGAUAGUAACUAGAAAAUGAGUUUAAUUCCUCACAUCUUAUUCUGAAUGUAUACAUCAUAUGUCUACUAAGCUUAUUUCAUUCUUAUAUUUGUAUAUAGGUUUUCCAGCAGUUAGCUACUUUUAGGCUUAGUUUCCCAAUUUUGGUCUGGUUCCACAUGGUAAACUCAUAAUCUGUAGUCAAAGACAUUAAUGCUUUAAGUUCGUCUAUUGAGGGUAAGCUUGUGGUCUUCCAGUUUCUAGCUAUGAGAACUGACAUUAUAUAUAAUAAUAAAAAUAUCAGUUUACACAUAGGUUUAGUGAUGUUGUCUGGAAAAACUUUGAGAAGGAACAUUUUUGGUGUGUGUCACCUCUUGAAUCAUUGUUUCAACCUCUCUCCAUAAACUGUUAACUCUUUCACAUGUCCACCAUAUAUGUAACAUUUUUAAGAGUGGCAUCUCCAGCAUGUAGCUUGUAUUUCAGGGUAAAUUGCAUGAAGGCGAGUGGGUACCAUAUACCAUCUGUAUAGAAUUUUAUGUGAUAUUUACAAGUGUGCUAUACAGGAUGACAUUCUCAUAUGUGCCGUAAAAAUGUUGUUCCAUUCAUCUUCUGAUAUAGUUUCUUGGAUGUCAGUUUGCCAAUCUAUCAUAAAUUUUGGUGUUGCUGUUUCUCUUGGGUUUGUUAAAGUGUUAUAACAGAGCGAUAAUACUUUCCUAGGAAGGGUAAGUGCUAUACACAUCUCUUCAAAUUUCGUGACUAUCUUUCGAGUUAUUCGGUGUCUUACAUAUAAAUUGUUGAGCUUUAAUCUGUAAAUAUGCAAAUUUAAAUUGUGGGAAGAGUGCAAAUUCCGUUUGGAGGGCCAAAAAGGACUUUAACCUUUCUAUCGUGUAAAGCUUAGAAAUAUGUGUAAUUUCCUUUCUGUGCCAUUGUAAAUAAGGAAAUGUUUCAUUACAACUGUACAAACUUUUUAUGGGGGUUGUCAAUGACCAUGGGUGCCCUGAACAUAGGCUUUCUCUAUUACUGUCCCAAAUUUUAAAUAAAAGUCUUGUCGAGUGUAAUGUGUCAGGGGUUACUUUCCGUUUUUGUUGAGCAAGCCAUAUUAGAGAGUAAAGGUCCAGGGUUCCGCAGCAAUAUUCUUCUAUUGCCACCCAUUGCGGUGUAUCUCUCUGUGGGUUAAUAGAAGCUAUGUUAGUUAAAAUUGCAGCGUAGUAAAAAAAUUUCAGGUUUGGAAACCCCAUACCCCCACUUUUCACUUGUCUCAUUAUUAAUCCUUUUGGGACUCGGGGAUGUUUCCCCCCACAGCUAAAACUUAAUAAUAUUGCUUGUAAGGAUGUGAUAAAUGUUUGUGGGACCUUAAUCUGUAAAGCUCUGAAUAGGUAAAGUAUUUUUGGUAAGAUUUGCAUCUUAAUUGGCGAUAUUUUACCUACCCAUGAUAAUAGUACCCUUCUGUAAAGCUCUGAUUAGGUAAAGUAGUUUUGUUAAGAUUUGCAUCUUAAUUGCCAAUAUUUUACCUACCCAUGAUAAUAGUACCCUUCCCCUAGCUUUCAAUUGGCUUUCUGUAUCUUUAAAUAAUUUUGUAUAAUUAGCUAAAAAUAGGUCUUUUUCCUUUUUUGUAAAUCUAAUUCCCAAAUACAGAAGAUAAUCUUCCCUCCAAUUGUAAUGAUAGUCUAAUUUAAGUCUAACUGCUUGAAAUUUAGGAAUAUUAAGGCACAUUGCUUGCGAUUUGCUUGUAUUGAGCUUUUAGUACAAAUUUUGACUAUAUAAAAGUAGUUAUUUCUUUAGGUUUGGUAAGGAGAUGUGUGGCUGAGUGAUCGUUAAUAAGAUAUCAUCUGCAUAAGCGUUAAGUUUGUAUUCGCUCCAACCUAUUUGAACUCCCUGUAUAUCUUUAUUCUGCCGUAUAGCUGUAAGUAAAGGCUCUAAAGCAAGAACAUAGAGCAUCGGCGAUAAGGGACACCCCUGACGUGUUCCAUUAGUAAUAUUAAACGGUUUUGAACAAAAUCCUGAGUUCAAUACUGUAGCUUUGGGAUUACUGUAGAGAGCUUUAGUGAUUGAAAGAAAAGCAGAAGGGAAUUUGUAUGCGUUCAAGGUUUCGUGUAGGAAAUUCCAAUUCAAGCGAUCAAAAGCUUUUUCAGCAUCUAAAGAUAAUAUGAUACUUUCCUGCUUAGAUGAUUUUACAAAAUUAUAAAUGUCUAAUACCUUUCGUGUAUUAUCUGUCCCCUGUCUGCCUGACACAAAUCCCACUUGGUCUGUAUGAAUUAAAGUAGGUAAAAUAAACUUCUUUCCGCAUAUAUUUUUGCAUAUAUUUUAGCGUCUGUAUUCAAUAAUGAAAUCGGUCUAAAAUUCUGACAGACCGUAGGGGGUUUCCCAAAUUUCGGAAUAGUAAUUAUUUGUGCCUUUAAAAAUUCUGUAGGGAAUUUUCCUGCUUUAGUGCCUUCAUUAAAAAAAUGGGUCAGUGGAUCGGCCAAGGAUUCCUUAAACAGAGUAUAAUACAAAUCAGAAAAACCGUCGGGUCCUGGUGCUUUUCCUUUGGCCAGUCUCUUUAUUUGUUGAGUAACUUCUUCCUUUGUAAUAGGAGCUAUAAGCUGUGCCAAUUGGGAAUCCUUUAAGGUCGGUAGAUAUAAUUUAUCCAAAUAUUGACCUAUUCCUCUAGAGGUUGGUUUUGGAAGAUUUUUUUUGAUCUUUUAGGUUAUACAAUAGACCAUAAAAAGCUGCAAAUUCCUCACAGAUCAAAUUUGUUUGAAGAAUUUUUUUGUCCUGCCUUAGAAAGUAUAAAUGGAAUUCUAGAUUGAAUUUGUUUAUCGCGAAGUCUCUGUGCAAGUACUCUCGUAGCUUUGUUACCCAUAGAGUAUGAUGUCGCCUUGAGUUUUUUCAAAGCAAUGUUGGCUUGUCGUUGAUGGAUUUCGUUAAUAUCGUUUUGUGUUUGUUGUAUGCGGUCUUGAAAAAACACGGAUGAUCUUGUCUGAUUCUGUUUAUGGAGAUCUUGAAGUUUCUUUAGGAGGUUCAGCAAAGUUGUUUGAUUAGACUUUUUAAGAUAAGAAGCUCUGCUGAUAAAUAGACCUCUUUUUACUGGUCUAUGCGCUAACCAUAAUGUUGUAAAGUUUGUAUCUCCAGAGUUGUUUGUAUCAAAAUAUUGGCGUAUUGCUUGUUGAGUUUUAUCCAAAAAUAUAGGAUCGUUUAAUAACUGAUCAUUUAGUCUCCAUGGGCUUCUGUUUGUAUAAUUGUAUUGAUCCAUUAAAUUAAGUAUAACUGGAUUAUGAUCUGAUUCCGUCGAUACCCCAAUCUCACAAGACGUAACUUGUGUUAAGUGUGAACUGUGCAUAUAAAAACGUCUCUACGUGAAUAUGUAUUAUGAACUAGGGAGUAAUGUGUAUAUUCUCUAGUAUUAGGACGGAGCGUUUGGCACUGUUCCUAAUUUCUUUUCAUUAAGCACUUCACCUGGUCCUUGUUUAGCACCUAUAUAGUUUGGUUUCUCCCCUCACGCCUGGUCAGAUCAUGGUCUCUUGUCUCCUGUUUUCCCGGUUCCUGGUUCCCUGUGAUUCUGGCUCCUGGCUCCUUGAUCUUGCAUACUGUUCCUUUGUCCUGUGUCCUGCGCCGUCUUCGUUCCUGUGUUCUCCUGGUCUUCGUCCUGUGUCCUCCUGAGCCUGCGUUCCUGUGUCCUUUGUUCCUGUGCCCUCCGAUCCUGUGUUCUGGUUCUGUGUUCUCUGCCUUAUUACCAGUGAUCCUGACCCUGCAGCCUUGUUCAUUUAUUCUGCUUCUGACCUUGCUUCCUGGUGUCAGUAUAUUAGUCUUGUGACUCUGGAUCUAUGCCCUACCUACUACUCGUUGUAACUGCACAAUCCUGCCCUUAUACCAAAGGACUGUUUCAGUAUACGUUGCCUGCACUAUUCGUGCUUAUCCUGAUUUAUUGUAUAUAUUUUGUGGCAUUGUAUAUAUAUUGUUUUGUUUUGACUUUUGGUUCUCUGUAAUAUAUAUAUCUCUUGAUUUACCCCAUUCAUUUGUGUCUUGGCAUUUAUUUAUUUGCUGAAUUGGUUCCCACAUUUAAAGGGACAGUGCUGUUCCAGGGCAGCACCCCUUCAUGUCAUUACAGUAUGUCCAACAAAAAACUGCAAAAAUCACCCCUAGACUUACCUGGACCAGCGAUUCGUUGUGAUCCCGGUCGGGGGGGGGGGCAUCCCGAGACCCCAGCAGCAGUUCUGUCCACCGCGGUCCUCCAGGGUCAUGUGAUCACCAUGAUAUUACCAGUAAAAGUGCAGUUUUUGUGUAAAAAAUGCAAAAAACUAAUAUGAACGCUAAAUUUGGCAAGCGUUUGGCACUAAGUGGCUACUACAAAGACUGGACAUACCCAUGGGGGUCUGCGGGGGGGGGGAGCAAGAGGGGGCACUUGCCCCCCCCCCCCUGGAUUUUUCAGCUUGUGCUGCUAUUUUUGGUUUGUGUGAGAAUACACUGCAAUACCAGCGCCGGCCAGUAGGCCCCCCUGGAUUUUUCUGCUUGUGCUGCUAUUUUUGGUUUGUGUGAGAAUACACUGCAAUACCAGCGCCGGCCAGUAGGUGGCGCUGUGAAUGUUAAAAGGCAGGAAGCUACAGCUUAUCCCUGCCUCUCGCUCAUGACUUAAACCGCAGGGGAGCAACACAGAGGCAGCCUACAGAGCAGGUAAGUGAGAGAUGGGGGGCACUAUUACCCCCUCACCACCCUCAGCAUUACCCCCCUCAUCAUCACCCCCCCUCACUAUCACCACCCUCAGCAUCACCCCCUCACCACCCUCAGCAUCACCCCCCCACUAUUACCCCUUCACCACCCUUAGCAUUAGCCCCACUCACCAUCACCCCCUCACUAUUACCCCCUUUACCACCCUCCAGCAUCACCCCCCACUAUUACCCCCUCACCACCCUCAGCAUUACCCCACUCACCAUCGCCCCCUCUCACUAUUACCCCCUCACCACCCUCAGCAUCACCCCCUCACUAUUACCCCCCUCACCAUUAUCCCACUAUCACCCCCCACCACCCUCUCACACCUCAGCAUCCCCCUGCUCACUACCACCACCCCCCUCACCACCCUCAGCAUCACCCCCCCUCACUAUCACCCCCUCCACACCCUCAGCAUCCAGCAUCACCCCCUCACCUCACACCCCUCACAAUCACCCCCUUACCACCCUCUGCAUCACCCCCUCACUAUCACCACCCUCAGCAUCACCCCCCUUACCACCCUCAGCACCCCACCACCCUCAGCAUUGCCCCCCCUCACUAUCACCCCCUUCCUCAGCAUCACCCCCCUCUAUCACACCCCCUGACCACCCUCAGCAUCACCAUCCUCAGCAUUACCCCCCUCACCAUCACUCCCUCCCUCAGCAUUACCCCGCUCACCACCCACAGCAUUACCCCAUCACCCCCUCCCUAACCAUCACCCCCCCUCUCACCAUCACCUGCCUCUCCCACUCACUAUCACGUGCCUCUCCCACUCACCAUCAUCCACCUCUCACCAUCAUAAUCCGCCUCUCCCUCUCACCAUCAUCACCCGCCUCAUCCUCUCACCAUCAUCACCUGCCUCUCCCACUCACCAUCACACGCCUCUCCCUCUCACCAUCACCAGCCUCUCCCUCUCACCAUCACCCCCCUCUUCAAGCACCUACCCCAUACACAUAAGGUACCAGACAAAAAACGCAAACAUGCUCACAGAGACAUACAUUCACACACACACAGAUACUCUCUGUCAGGCACAUACACAGGUAAACUGUGCAUCAAUGUGUAUAUGUGACAGUGUGCAUGUAUUGCAACUCUAUUUUUUUCACUUUUUUGUUAGUGGGGCCUCAUGUUUGAGUUUUGCCUAGAAGAAGAAAAAGAAGAAGAAAAAGAAGACUGUGUCAAAUGAAGGAGGAGAAAAUGAGAUUGGAGCACUUCAUUCUGGACACCACAUCAUAAGGCUUUGGUACCUGGGCCUGGCAGGGAAACUUUGGACCUUCUCAUCUCCCCAGGUAAAAAAAAAUAUCAGUGUUAAUGUGUUCACUUUAAUUUACGGAGUGUCAGGAAACACAGAGGGCCGCUGGGUAGGGGUGCCAUUGAUUGGCUAUAGGGUCAGCCGGCACUCUAAGCCAAUCAGUAGCUCCCCAUUCAUGAAAACGUAAAACAUUUUUAUGAAUCGGGAACUAGCGAUUGGCUUAGAGCGUCAGCUGACCACUCUAGCCAAUCAGCGGCACCCAUGCCUGACGUCAAUCUGCACUUCCUGACACUCCGUUUAAGAAGCUGAAUACCACUGAGCGACCUGGAGAUCUGGAGCUGGAGGAAGCCUUUGGGGGUAAACCAUUUGAGAGUGGUUUCACCCCUUAAUGGAAAGAGAGCGCACAGAGGCCUCCUUGCAUCAUAGCAUUUUCAUUUAGUUGAAGUUGUUAUGGUGACCAGAAUGUUCCUUUAAUUUGAUUAAAGGAACACUAUAGUGUCAGGAAUACAAACCUAUAUUCCUGACACCAUAGUUGUAAAAAAGCUAUUCACCCUGGCUGAAUGUGAAAAUGACUAUGCUCCUUCCCUUUCAUGACACUGUCAAAAAGGGGCAAGCAUGGAUGUUAUUACAAUUAUGCCCCCCCCGGAAAAAUUCCUGCGGACGCCCAUGGACAUACCCCUUUUUAAAUACCCCAGGUUGUCUGCUUUUUCAAAUGGUAUGUCAUGGUGGGGUUUAUUUUCAUUUCUGGGCUACCAUACGGUCUCAAAGGCAACAUAGCCAAUCUGGCAAAUAGCAAUUUCCAAAUCACCAUAAAACCUAGGCUUGAGGGAUACUAUUAUACUCAUGAGACAUUACUCUACACAAAUAUGAGUGAUUUCGAGCAGUAAGAUGUACUAUACUGAUAAUAUCGGUGAAAUGGCAGUUUAUAUGUGAAAAAUGCAAAAAACUAAUUUGGGCCAGCGUUUGUGACUAAGUGGCUACUAAAAAAGAGUGGACAUACCCCAUUUUCAAUAUCAGUUGUCUAGUUUUAUAAAUGGUAUGCCAUGAUGGGGUUAAUUUUCAUUCCUGGGAUGCUAUACGGUCUCAAAGGCAACAUAGGCCCAGCAAACCAAUCUGGCAAAUUUCAAUGUGCAAACAUGGAAAAGCCCUACAUAUGACCCCUGUAUGUUUGCAAAAACCCAUAAAACCUAUACAUUUUGGGGUACUGUUGCACUCAGGAGAUGUGGCUGAACAGGUAUUGGGGUGUUCUUUGUCAGUAACACAUAACAGGAACUGAGAAUCCAUGUUUAAAGUACAAUGUGAGUGGGGACAAAAAAUGACUACCCAAAAGUUUGACAAAGACUGGUGGUAGAAUUAGUGCAUGAAAAGUGUUAAAAUACCACCAUUUGAAAUACUCAAGGGUGUCUUCUUUUCAAAAUUACAUUGUUUGAUUGGGGUAAAUUACAUUGGCCAGCUUUAAAAAAUGUCCCAAAUAAGACAUGGGUGCAUGAUGACCAUCUGUGAAAAUUUCAAGUUGGAAAACUGGAAUGCGCACCCUCCAAAUAAGGUAUUUUAGCCCCCAGAGAACCCGACACACCUAUACAUGGGGAUGGGGGGGGGGGGUAUCACUGAACUCAGGAGAUAUUGCUAAACAAAUAUUGGCAUGUUUGUAACGGAUCACCUGGCACCCCGACUGGGCACCUCCAUUGACGGACGCUACCUAGCUGACGCCGAUGACCAUAAGCACCACACCGGACACCACAGCCACAGCAGACUCCACAACCGCCAUAGCUUAACUAGAGUCUCAACGUCUUCCUUCCACCCUGGAUCAACCCCUGUCCUCCAGGACCGUGUGGGAAAGACCUCUCCUCCAGGAGAGCGUAUCAGGAACAAGUGAUUAGAGCUCAGGGGAGUAUACAAAGUGUAGCAAUCCCCAGUGUAAAUAUAGCAAUUCCCUACAAUAACGAGAGGAGGCUACGUAUUGAGGGUUAAGCAGAUCAGAACAGAAUGAACUGAGGCUUUAUUGUUUCUUUUAUACAAGUUUUCCCCCAAGGUUACCACCCAUGUGGACCUUGUUGGACACCGAAAACACAAACUCAACAGCCAAUAGGUUAUAAAACACUCCUACAAACUCAAUAGCCAAUAGUUUAAAAAACACUCCUAUUCAUUACUGUAAAUUCCUCCCCUCUGCUUGGGAGAUAAUUGAGUUAAUUGCUGUAUCAACUCAAUUAUCUUCAAAUGAAAAAUACACUUUUUACACAUUUUUCAUAACAUUAAAAUUAAACAUCAAAUUCCCAUAAAACUUAUAUUUUUUGAAUGGGCAUAAUUAUGGGAACAAGAUAUUAAAAAAUCAUGCGAAUCGGUUUAGUGGUUCGGGAGAUAGAUGGAAGUCACAUUUGACCGACCGCAAGCAUGGCUUUCCUGCCCAAAUUAGUUUCACAGAUUUAGGUUGUGCACCCGGUCUAUUCACCAUAGUUCAAAUACUGUUCAAAUGCAUGAACGGGGGUCAUUCAUGCAAAUAGGCAAUGUUAAUGUGGCGUUCGUAUUGUCGAACACCGUUCGACUCCAGUUGAAGUUCCGGAAAAGCUAAAAGUUCAGCGGUGUUCGCGCCGUUGCAUAUCUGAUUUUAGUUCCAUGAACUCAAUGGCAAAACACUGCUGACCGCGUUCGGCUAACCAAGAUAGCCGCCGCCACGUGUUUGACUAUACGAAUGGCGAGCACCCAGCCGUUCGUCUAUUAGCUUGCGGUUAACCACCAGCCUGGGAGGUAAAUUGGCUGCACACUCCACUUGUGUGUGGUCCGGCUGUUCGUAGUUCGAAGUCCCACUUCGACCACAUUGACAGUUUAAAGGGGCAUUAUGCCAAGUCUCAAUAUGCCCCAAUAGUGUUCUUAAAGAGCAAUACACCCAAGGGCCAUAGUCACAGGGCAAGAGGCUGGCAAGCAGGCCUCUCCAAAAGCCAGUGUCCAAGAGUAGUUCGUCACAGUGUUCUUUGGCAGUAACCCUUAAAGUUCUCCAUACAUGUAUUCUUAAAUUGCCAUGUAUGUCAAAAAAAUCCCCAAUUAUUUUUAUUUUUUUAAAUUUGACAUAGAUUGGUGAUAAAAUGGUUACAUGAAAAGAGUCAAUAUACUCCAAUUUUAAUAUCUUAGCUUGUUGUCUUUAAAAAAUAUAUACAUAUGAAGGAUUAUUCAGGGAUUACUGACAUAUCAAUGUUACAAUGUAACUUGCGUUUAUUUUGAAAAGAAAAAUGGUUUGGAAAUAGCAAAGUGCUCCUUGUACUUAUAGCCCUAUAACUUUCCAAAAAAAAGAUAAGAACAAAAUUUAGAAACUAUUUAGCAUGGGUAUUUUUUUAGCGGCUGUAGAUACGUAACAGAUUUUGUGGGUCAAAGUUAGAAAAGGUGUGUUUUUUUACAUUUUUUUCAUAAUAUUUUAUUAAAACAAAAAAUUAUAGCAAAUUAUAUGAUAUGAUGAAAAUAAUGGUAUCUUUAGAAAGACCAUUUAAGGGCGAGAAAAACUGUAUAUAAUACGUGUGGGUACAGUAAAUGAGUAAGAGGAAAAUUACAGCUAAACACAAACACCGCAGAAAUGUAAAAAGAGCCUUAACGGUAAGAAAAUUGAAUAGUAAAUAUAGGGAUUCUCCUCCUUUUGUCCCGUUUAUGGGGAUAAAAAAUCAAUUUUAUAUAUUUUUGCAUGUGGUGUGCAAUUCUGGAGCUUUGGUGUGCUUUUGGUGACAAAAGAUUGUGGAGCACUAGUCUAUAAAAUCCUAUAGUCUUUCAGGUAAAUCUUUGGCAGCAACAUCAUCCAAUAUAGUAUCUGAUAAACUGUCUAUGAAUGCCGAAAUAGGUCCAUUGGCAGUCUAGUCUAAUCCACUUCAGUUGCAAAGGCACGAAAUUGGAUGGCAGAAUCAGCAACGGACCAAGACUCUUGUUUAAUCCUCAUUACUACUUUGGCUGUAUUCUUAACCCUGCCAGGAGUUUCAAAAGUCCUACAAAAUGCCCUGAAAAAGACGUGGUGAUUGUUAACCAAAGGUAUAUUAGCUUCCCAUGGGAGAUUAGCCUAAUCUAGCGCCUGGUUAGUAAGCAGGUUCAUGAUAUAUGCUACUUUAGAUCUAUCUGUAGGAAAGGGAGACAUUUUGAAAUUAAAUUAUACUUGAUUAAUAAACCCUCUACAAGUCUUGGAAUCACAUCCAUAUUUAGGUGGAGAGGUCAGAGGCACAGAGGUGUUAUUGUUAGAUGCAUUACAGGGGAAACUUGUGACCCAGGGAAUAGGUAAGUCGUUCUGGAUAGGAGUGUCUGAAGUGCCUGAGCAUACUGAUCCAUACAGUGAUCAUGUUCCUGUAAACUUGCAUCAUAAGAUACUAAACCUGCAGGGUCCACGGCCCUAUCAUUAUUUCAUGAAGAAUAACCUCAACGUGCAGAGUCCAGGAUAACAGUAACAGACAGGACUAAAAUAGAUAUAUUACCAGUCCUUAGAGUGGCCGGGUUUAACAUACAAUAGAGAGGAGACAUAGUCAAAUACAAGCCUAGGUCAGGAUAACAGAGAGACAGAGAAAACAAGAACUAGCCAGAGUCAGGUAAACGUAUAUCAGAAGAACAUGUAAACAAGUCAGAAAAGGGUUACAGAUAAACUCAGGGUAAGGAACAAAGCCAAGGACAAUAUCAGAAAUAUCACAAUGUAACAAAUAAUGCACAAAAGAGUACUGAUAACAAAACCAGGAUUUUUUAAUUCUAUUAUGUGUGAUUUGAUAAUACACCAAGCCAAGUAGGAAAUUAUGUUAGGUCCCCUGUGUGUCUUUAAGAAAAUGCUCUGAAUUAAAGCAGCAUUCUCAAUGCUGGGACUUGGGCCACUCCAAUGGUUAGUUGGAUCGGGAGGUCCCUGAUCGGAUUGAGGAUUGUAAGUUUUGUUACAUUAAGAAAAUAAAAAUAACCAUUUUACGUAUAUGAAAAUUUGUUCAAUACUUGGCGCUUUCCAAUAAUUCAGAGUGCCAUAGCCGAUGCUCUUAUUUACAGUUAUUAAGAGAGUCUUAAAAAUCACAAGGGAGCUUUUAGAGUCAUCUGCACUCAAUACUGGUCUAGACCAUAAUGUGCCCCCACCGGACCACCAGGGACCCUGCUCACCCUCCAACAGACCACUGGGGAAAGGCAAGUAAAGCACACACAUAAACACUCAAACUCCCCUACACACACACACAUACAAACACUACACUUACAACGUUAUUUAAGAAAGUGAGAAUUAAACGUGAAUUUCAAAUUGCAGGUCAGAAUGGUCGAACUGGAAAUAUUCUCUUUUAGUUCAGCUACUUUGGCCUUUAAUUGUAUAUUCCUUUGAAUUCUCACUUUUUUUGUUAAAGGACCACUAUAGGCACCCAGACCACUUCAGCUUAAUGAAGUGGUCUGGGUGCCAGGUCCAGCUAGGAUUAACCCUUUUUUCUAUAAACAUAGCAGUUUCUAUAUUAGGGUUAAUCCAACCUCUAGUGGCUGUCUCUUGACAGCCGCUAGAGGCACUUGCGUGUUUCUAACUGUGAACGCCAGCGUCCAUAGGAAAGCAAUUGUAAAUGCUUUCCUAUGAGACUGGCUGAAUGCGCGCGUGGCUCUUGCCGUGCAUGCGCAUUCAGCCGAAAAGGAGGAGAGCUCCCCACCCAGCGCUGGAGAAAGAGGUAAGUUUAACUCCUUCCUCACCAUCCAGCCCGGUGGGAGGGGGACCCUGAGGGUUGGGGCACUCUCAGGACACUACAGAGCCAGGAAAACGAUUAUGUUUUCCUGGCACUAAAGUGGUCCUUUAAAAUUCCUCCAGGCACAAAAUGCAGCCACAACAUACAAUCAUAAACAGUACCCAAUGCUCCAGGAUGGGGUCCCGGCCUGGCACUUACAGAGGGUCCUGUACAGAGUGGCCCACAAGUCCCUGGCCAUCCAUAUAUCUUAUGUAUCCAGAGUAUCUGUGUGCCGGAUGGGUAGGCACUAAUGGCUCAGCCUGUACAAUCUUAAUUUGGCUCUGUACUAACCCCAGCCUCUCCAGCCAUCUUAACAAGUACACCUGAUGCUGCCCUCUUCCCCUGAUACCUACACCCAUGAUUUUAGAAGUUAAUAAAGAAAUUUUGGGACAAAAAAAAAAAAAAAGUCAACUAUUUUAACUGCUAAAAAAUUUAUUUAUUUUCUAACGUACAGUUUGCCUCUAAUAUUCCUCAUUAUUGCACUAUUCAGUUGGACCUGCACCAUACAAGUACAGUAUGACUUUGCCCUGUUACUAUAACCUAACGUUGGGCCUUCUAUUUGUCUGGUUCAGCCUUUCACCGAGUGACAUGAGCAGUGUCUGUCACAAACCUAGCCGCCCAGGACCAGCAGCCACCUCGGCUAACCUCAAACUGCCCUAACCACAACACUGCUCUGACAGAAAACCGUUACAGCUGGCGGAACUGCGGGCAGCUACACCUGACUGGUCAUCGUUACAAUUAAUGUCGGCCAAUCACAAGCCAUCUAGCCAACAGUCACAACACGCGCACGCCGGACACCCUCCAACCAAUCAGGAGUGACAGAGUGUUGUGAUUGAUAGCCGUAUUUCCCAAUAGGAUUAGAACAUUUUCCACCACACACUUUAGCCCUGCUGUUUGGAAGAGUGGGCGGGUCUUCAGAUGAGGAAGUGAAUUUCAUGAGGAAGACAACGAGAAGCGGCUACUUGGACCAAUCAGCAUACAGUGUUUGAGUGUAGCACCCUAUCAGCAUUCAGCCUGUCAGUGUAGUGUCCAAUCAGCGAGCGUAGGUGGGCGGAGUCAGUCGCUGAGUGACUGUAGGCAGGAAGGUGCAUGUUGAUGUGUGAAGGGUGCAAAGAUGGCGUUGUGUGUGCGCUUUGGGUUUAGUUUGACGGUGUCAGUCGUGCUCUUUGCUGUCACUUCAGCCUCGCUGGGCUUUCUCAACUUGGAGGAGCUGACCGAGAUGAAGUACGGGAUAGAGAUCCUGUCAGAGCCGGUUAUUAAAGGGCAGGUAAGUGAGACUUACUGGAGCAGCUGUUCGCUUAUGACAGCAGUAUCUUCAUCGGAUGCUGCACCUGAAACCUGAAUUGUGUUACCAUUAGCUUCAUAUUAAUGUGGGAGUCUUACAUAGCUAUACAUAUUAAGAAACUGGGCACACCAUCGAUGGAAGAAUAAAUAUAUGUAUUAAAAAAACAAAACAUUUCGGGGCUUGACUAAUUUGCAUUGAAUCUAGGAGCCAGCUAAAAUAGGAGCCAGGUUUAUUUAUUUUAUUUUUUUGAACAAAGUUUAAAGGGACAUUCCAGGCACCCAGACCACUUCUGCCCAUUGAAAUGGUCUGGGUUCCAACUCCCACUACCCUUAACCAUGUAAGUGUAAUUAUUGCAAUUUUCAUAAACUGCAAUAUUUACCUUGCAGGUUUAAAGGACCACUCUAGGCACCCAGACCACUUCAGCUUAAUUAAGUGAUCUGGGUGCCAGGUCCCUCUGGGAUUAACUUUUUUUUUUAAAUAUAAACAUAGCAGUUUAAGAGAAAUUGCUAUGUUUAUAAAUGGGUUAAUCCAGCCUCUAAAGCCUCUAGUGGCUGUCUCAUUGACAGCCGCUAGAGGCACUUGCGUGCUUCUCACUGUGAAAAUCACAGUGAGAAGAUGCAAGCGUCCAUAGGAAAGCAUUAUGAAUGCUUUCCUAUGAGACCGGCUGAAUGCGUGCGCAGUUCUUGCCGCGCAUGCGCAUUCAGCCGAAGAGGAGGACGAGAGCUCCCUGCCUGGCGCUGGAGAAAGGUAAGUUUAACCCCUUUCCUUGCCAUCCAGCCCGGCGGGAGGGGGACCCUGAGGGUGGGGGCACCCUCAGGGCACUAUAGUGGUCCUUUAAGUCCUCCUCUAAUGGCUGUCUACUAGAGGGUACUUCCGUGUGUAUAGCACACAUUCCAUGUGCUAUAGCAUCGCUGGACGUCCUCACGCGAUGUAAGGACCUCCAGCAUUGCGGAAAUCCCCAAAGGAAAGCAUUGAAAGCAUUUUUCAAUGCCCUCCUAUGGGGAGGUCUAAUGCGUGUGCGUGGCAUUGCCGCGCAUGCGCAUUAGGUCUCCCCCCGCCAGCGGGGGAGGAGCAUGGGUGGACCCUGAACCAGCGCCAAGGGAUAUCGGCGCUGGAUACAGGUAAGUCACUGCAGGGGUUUUAACCCCUUCAGCAACUUGGUGUGAGAGGGAGAAGAGACCUGCAGCAAACCAUUUUCCUGGCACUGGAGAGUCCCUUUAAUUUUCAGUAUUUAUUUUUUUAAAGGGCUGCUAUAGUCACCAUAACCACUACAGGUUAAUGUAGUGGUUCUGGUGUCUAUAGAUUUUCCCUGCAGGCUUUUCAAUGUAAACGCUGCUCUUUCAGGGAAAAGGCAAGUUAAUAUUUAUUUUACUUUAAGUCCACCCAGCCUCGCUACCUUAGCAUUAGUGAGAAUGCAGUCAAACUGAAGAGGGGGAUGGCAUAAUUUUAGGUUCCUGUUUUUAGGAUAUCCAAAAACUCCAAACCAUAAUUGUGUUGGAAAGUGGAGGUGCAGAAAUGAAGCCACAGUUUUAAAGAUUAUAUAGCAUACCUUUUUAAUAGGAAUAGAGGUUGAGAAGCUCACUACCUAGCUGCGGCCAAUAAAUAGCAAGUCAGUCUCAUAUUCACUCUGUGUUAGUGUUAAAUGCUUGAUUUGCUGUGCAUUCUUUGUAAAUACACAUUUGAGUAGAAUUUAAAUUGUGCUUCAUUUUGCUACCAUAAGGUAUGCAUAAAAUUGCUAUUCUCAAUGCAGUGCCAAAAUGUUGUUGUGUUUUUUUUUUUGUUUUGUUUUUUUUUGCCAGGUGCACUUUAUAAAGUUCCCUAUUUAAAUGAAAGUGUUGAUGCAUAUACCACAAUUUUUCUUUUUUCUUUUUUUUUUUUUUAAUUAUAGCUAACAGAUGAUUUUUAACAUCUGAAAGGGACAUUCUAAGCACCAAAAAACACUUCAUAGAUGCUGUUUGUUUUUUUCAGACUGUGUAAAACGUUGCCUUUUCUGAGAACGGAUAUUGUUUACCUAUCUCUGAAACCACCCUUCUAGUGGCUUUCAGACUGCUAACAUUUAUAGACUCUUCCUAAUUAGAUAAAAAAGGAAGGAUUUUGUGUUUGGCAUCAUCACCCACUCCAUGGAGACCCAAAACAUGUCCAUUGCUUUCAUAGCGAAGCACUGAACAGAUUCACUGUUUCUCUGGGACAGUAAUUUUUUAACAUCCAAAUGUUCCUUUGUUAUAUUAUAGUUACUAUUUUACAAGACAGUUUUUCCAAUCCAUAUAUUUUAUGCCAUUGGCAAUCUAAGCCAAUCUUAAAAUCUGUGUAUUACUGCUAUUUCUAGCAUUUGACAACUUUGUUUUGAGGGGGAAGGGGGUAUUAUUUCUGAUAAUUUUUUAAGUUCUCUGCUAUAUCUAGUUUAGAUAUUUGAUUAUUUACAUUUCGUAGAAUGUGGUAUGUUCUAUAUUCUGUUACCAGCAAAUCCACUGAACAUUUGUGAGUAAAUAAUUUUAACAAAUUGCUUACUCUGCUGAACUUUGACAUCUUAAGGUGAUACUUUAGGCUCUAUAACCGUUUUAUUGUAUUAAACUAAAAGAAUAUCAUGGAACUUUCAUUGGAGUUCAGGGCCGGAUUUACCAUCUCUGAUGCCCCAAGACCAUUUUCCUCAGUGUGCCAUAGGCAGUCUUAUGUAUGAAGCUUGGUGUAUGUGAUUGGAUUAAUGUAACUAGUUUUGGGUAUGACUGUAUGGUUAUUGUGACUAGGUGGUUGGAGGCAAAAAGUGGGGGGGGUAGGUGAAAUAUGUGGCCAAGUGUGUGUGAAACUGACUUUUUUUUCUCAGGGAACAUAAUCAGAUAUUAGUAUGUGACUGGCAAUGUGUAUUUAGGGUUAUAUUUGGCUGGAGCUUUAGUGAGUGAAUGUGAAUGAAAGGUGUAGAGUGCUAGUGUAUAAAUAUAGCGUUGUCUUUACAGAGUGCAAGUGUUUGCAUGCAGAAGGGGAAAGAGCUAUUCUUUCUCACCUGUGCACUCAUGAUGUUUCCCCAAAGAUACAGAGACCAGCAUUGCCACGCCACUCCUGGGUGCCACCUUGAGGCUAUGAUCUUGGCGGACUUAUUUAAAAUCUAGCCCUGUUUGGGCUCCUACUUGCGGUAUGACUAAGACUGCGGUUACAUAGUUCCUUCUAGCCAUACUAAAUCAAUCCAGCAAUGGUCAUUGUGAUAAACUGUAAACAGCUGAAAGGCUCAGCUAAUUACAGCCACUCAUUGCUACCCAGGCUAAUACUUCAUCAUCAUCCUAAGCAGUACAGAGGGUACGAGCUGCUGGCGACUCACAUUUACCAUUAAAAACUGUUUAACGCUAAAAAGAAGGCUGGAACCGGUGGACUUCUGAAACUGUAAUCAGUCCCUUUGUCAUAUUCUUUUCUUGUGACGUAGGUGGAUUUUGUGUGCCUGCUUGUCUGUCCCCUUUCCCCUCCUUCUUGAAUGAACCUUGUGGGCACAAUUUGAGAUGGUUAUGAUGCCAGAUAAUCCCUGGCACUGGCUAACUUUUAGCGUUAAAUUUUUUCUUGUUCUAGCUUUGGAUCUCUCUGCCCCUUUGUCUUUCUGCUUGCUGAAAUGCUUUAAAAUUGAAAUAUAUAGGGCUACUGUGGGCAAGUGGAUGGACAGUGAGAUCUGGCACUGGAACACAGUGCCCAAACUAGACCUUUGAUUUUUAAGGAUACAUCUACCUCUAAUGUUCUAUUUGUUCUUCCCUUUUUUAUUUAUUUAUUUUUUUAUCUAACCUAAACAAUAAUUGUAUUAAAAUCUGAAAGUAAAUGGCUGAAUAAUACGCAUUUAAAAAAGCUAGUUAGUCAUCACAUAUGUUUAACAUGCAUUUGUUCCAGUGAUUUUACUAAUAAAUGCACAUUAUACCAGCUUAUGAAUAUUCUUUUUAAAAAAACAAACAAACAAAAAACCCAAACAAACAAGAAAAACAGAGAACCCGACAGAUCCACCAGUGCGGUCUAAGGGCUUAACCCUAGUAGUUGAUGAUAAAAGAAAUGUGGACUAGUCCAUAUGAAUAGGAUGGUCCUGCCUUGUGGUAAAUUGAUCCAUGCAUAUAUCAUAUCAUUAGGGCUUUACAGUAUAACUAAAGAGGACAUUCAGUGACACUAUUAUCCUGUUCAAAGGAAAGAAACUAGCACUGUGUGUGAGUAAUAAAAUGGAACAAUUAAUGAAGAAGCUCACUCAAGCUUUUAUCACCAACUGUAGAUACACUGGCUUUUGAGAAGUAAAGACAGGGGUGGAGAUGGGAUAUGUACAAAGGUAUAAUAAUGCCGAAAUAAAUUAAUGAAGGUCUUUGUCAUAAUUUUAAAAUAGUCACUGAACGUUCAUCGGGGGACCCUGAGUAUUGAGGCAAGUAGACACAUAUGCUAUUCCAGAUUUAUUAUUAUUGUAAAUUUUAACAUUAAUCGUUAGAGUGCUGCAUCAAUUGGUUUUUGGUUAUGUUUAUUUUUUUUCUUACAAGACCUACAAAAAGCUUUUGAAAAUUGUCAUUAAAGAAUUUCACAAGACUUUGUCUUAGAAAUAGUUUUCAAAAGCAUCAGAGAUAAAAAUGCAUUUGUUGGAAAAUACUAUGUAAUGAAACAUUACUCCAGGUCUUUAUGUAAUAUAACAUUAUAACAUAACACUUUAAGGAACACAAAAGCACCAUAACUACUACAGCAUUUUAUCUGUGAGGGGACUUUUAUUAUUUGUGUGUGAAUUUAUACUAUAUAUUGCAUUUAUGUUCUACAAUAUGCCUAUCUUUUUUGUGAAUAUAGAGCAAGUCGGACAACAUAGUGACAAUCUCCUCCAAAUACAAGCAGAAUUAUGAAUGCAAGCUUCCAGCUAUUGCUGUGAAAUUUCACCAAGACAAAGAUGAAGAGCAGGCAUACUUGGGACUUGGCAUAUCUGAUCUACUCAAGCCCAUGGAGGCAGCACCAUGUCUCAUCAAGGUAACUUUUCAACACUGGACCCUAAAUAACUUAUCUUUGCAGCAUUUUACAUAAAGCAUUUACUUUAAGAUAAAUACACUAUAUAUGCUUUUUAUUAGCAUUGACAUUUGGCUUUUUCAGUACCAUUGAUGGCACGUUUGCUUGUCAUGCUUCUUGUCUAGCAGGAUUGUCUCUUUUUAUGGAGUAGUAUGCAUUCAUUUAUUUUUUUUAAUGGCAGUUCUUGCUUUUUGUAUCCCAUGUCACACAUCUCUUUCAAAUAUGUUAUUUCAGGAACACUGCACUCACUAUAACAAACUUCAUCUUAUUUAUGUUGUUCUAGUACCUACAGUAGUUCCUAUUCUCCUUGAACUGGCCUUUUUUUUUGUUUAAUAAUAGGAGGGUUUGUAAGCACAGUUAAAGUUAUGCCUCCAAGCACUCUGGAUAGAAGAGCUUGUGCUAUUACCCUAGUAGUGCUGUCACAGCUUGCCAUAGAAAAUUAUUGCAUUCGAUGAUUCUCUAUGACAAGAGACUCAUACGACCAUUGUGGCAAGCACCUGUAAGAGAAUUAAUAUUGUAGCGGAGCUCCCUGUACCCUGGUUGGUACACUCCCUCCCAGGAAUCUCUGGAAUUGGGAGAUAUUUGCGUUAAAGACCGGUAAGCCAAUUAUCUCCCAGAAACAGAGAGCCAAACACAAAUAUAAAACCACCAAAAACAUAAAAUAACACCACAAAUGGGGACGGGACCUGACUGCCAUGCCGGGCAGACGUGUCUUGCAUGAGCUCCGGACUUUUAGGCACUAAAUUGAAGUUUUAGGUCUACAAACUCGACGAAAAAGCAACUCACUACGACAUCAAACCUCUCUAGCUCAAUAUAAGCGACAGUAACUUACCUUGUUCAGACACGCUCCCAGAGAGCAGAUUAAUCGAUUUGUGGCCUGGUGUCCCCUGGACCAUCCAGUAAGCCGUUGAAAUCACCUUCCAGAGACCCGUUUUCCCCACAUCUGGACCAGUGGGAGAUAUCCCGGUCCAGGAGGCAUCCCUGCUGAGACAGGCCUCACUGUACUGCGGCCUCCCAAGGUAGAAAACACAGUGACCUACCCAAGAUGGCUGACGCCAUGUGCGCAGCAGAGCCUAGCAUUACGGCCUCGCAAGCAACAAUGCUAGACAAAAUGCGGACUUCUGGGCAAAAUUAAACUGCCGACUGCAAGCACCUUCCUCGCAGAAGCCGGACGUUAACACCACACAAGCGGACCCCGAGCACUCUGCCCCCUCCAGUGGUUCUGGCUCCAGGUCAACGGCCCCUCAACAACUCACUCACGCAGAGAGGCAGACAAGAAGGUGCACCAGGAUUUUGCCCACCCACCGUCUGCGUACACAACAGCACUCCUGCCACCCGGACGAGAAAAGCAGCCACCCGAUGCUGGGCAAGAGAACGCACCACUACCGUAAGCGCUCCCCUCUCUUUCCCACCUGGUGAAGGGACACUGACGGCACCAGGCUUUGUAUGCUGACCCCCAAUGGGGCUCAAAGGCCAGCUGAACUUUCCUACAUAUGCUCCACACUUGCUGCUGACCGGAAUCGGAUGACCGCAGUGCUGAGCCCACAACCUGAGAAGCCUCCUGGUGGUGGCGGAUGCUGCACAACGAGAUACACCUGAUAUUAGAGAUGUCAUAUAAUGCUUAAACCAUUUGUUUUACAACGUAUCCUGAUGUUUCUCUCUGUUUUCCUUUCUGACUUUUACCUGCCUAUAAGCUUUCUCUCUUACUGGGUUUUUCAGAAUACAGCAGGGAGCCUUCAUAUAAAGCCCUGAUUGAUUACCAUCGAUCACUUUCAUUUAGCCCUCAAGCUAAGGUACUAAGCUAAGUGUAAUUAAUUCAGUUUCUCCUCUGACUCUCUCAUUGCUCUUACGUAUUCAAUCAAAAUGUGAUGUUCUAGUCUGACCUUAAUUCUCACAUAAUUUAAAAUUGUGCUGUCAAUCAGUAUGCCAUACUAAUGUUCACCGUUGUUUUUUUUUCUGAGACUUGUUAUAGCUGUUGUGGCUUUACAAGAGUGAAGUUAUUUCCAGUACAACAAAAAUAAUAAAAAAAAAAAUACAUCAUAUAUCUUUAAUCCUGAUCUGAGUGCCCAAGUUCUUCAAAUAGCGCUCAGAUCCAUGCAGUGUAGGAGAAACGCCACCAUGUUAAAGUUCUGACUGGCUGCACAUGUGGUCUUAUGCCGUUUGGUGUUUUUGCUGGUCAACUUUCGGCAGCUCCUGCGGCCUCAAUUCAGGGUGCUGCAUUUGUUCCCCUUAGUCUCAGGCACCUUCCCUCCAAAAAAGCGCUCUCCUGGCGGAUUUCAUAAGUGGUUCAAAACCGCAAACUAAGUUGUUCGGGAACCACACUUGUCACCUCAUGCCAAAAACCGUUCCAUAACAUACAUGACUAAGUCCCGCUGAGGUGAUCGGGAACCCAUUAAGUCCUCAUGCUGAAAUUAGUUCCGUAACGGCUAAGUACCGCUGAGGAUUAUUCAUGAGAGCUCGCAUUCGUUUCUAUUCGCGUGAAGGGAAAGUGCGGAACAUGGGGCACCCAGGGAAAGCUACUACUGGCGGCUGGGUUAGAUAGCUCCCAAACAGUGUCCCAAACCUGGACCAUAGUCAGUGGGCAGGAGGCUGGCUUCCACACUCCUUCAGGAGUCCGUGGCAAGGAGUGUUUGUCACAGAUAUAUUGUGUGGCAUCUGGCGAGGAGGGGGCCUGCAAUUACUAGGGUCAGUGGAUCUAUAGCAUUAGGAAUACAGAUUUGUACUUCUAAAGAUACAGUGUUCCUUUAAAGGUACACUAUAUAGUCACCAAAACAACUUUAGCUUAAUGAAGCAGUUUUGGUGUAUAGAUCAUACUCCUGCAGUCUCACUGCUCAAUUCUUUGACAUUUAGGAGUUGUCACUUUGUUUAUGCAGCCGCAGGCACACCUCUCUGCAUGUGACUUACACAGCCUUCCUAGACCCUUCCUGUAAAGAGCCAUCUAAUGUCUACACUUCCUUUAUUGCAAAUUCUGUUUAAUUUAGAAUUUCCUGUCUCAUGCUCUCUUACUAGCUUGCUAGACCCUGCAGGACCCUCCAUUAAGUAAUUAAAGUUCAAAUUACAGAGCAGGAGUUACAAACUUUCAAAGCAAGUUUCCUCUUAUUGAAAAUGAAACCAUUUUGUUUUCAUGUAGACUGUCCGUCACAGCCAGGGGAAGUGUGGCUAGGCCUUCAUGGACUAAAACAAGCUAUUUAACCUCUAAAUGGCAGAGAAUUAAGCAGUGAGACUUAAGAGCCGUGAGCAGUGGUGUAUUUUGGUUUUGUGCUGCAUGACAAAACUCGAGCACUUCCUUUUUAAAACCAACACGCUUUUUUCCUGACAGACACACUCUCACUGAUGCAUACACUCACUGAUUUUGGGGCCCAUGACACAGCUCAAGUUCUGGGCCACCAGGGACCGCCCCUGAGUCCGCCCACAGGGCCCAUCCUAAGUCUGCCCACAAGGAUGAAUUGUGUGUGUGUGGUGGAUGUUGAAUGUGUAAAAUGGACGCGGUGUGCGUGUCAUGGAUGCAGAUUGUACGUUUGUGUGUAUUAGUGAGUGUGUGCGUUUUGUUGUUGGAGCUUCAUACUGUGAGGGGGGGGAGCAUAUUUGUUGUCAAUUUAUUUCCCUUCCCCCCCGCCCCCGCAUCUUACCUGUGGCCAGGAAGGGGGGAGCGAUCACAUUCCCUGGUGGUCCGGUGGCAUGGUGCGGGCCCUUGGCUGCCUGUACACCACAGGGAGCCCAGCACACUCCAUCUCCACUUCCUUGCUGCUCUUCUCUCUUAGUCUUGUGAGCUGCGUGGAACUUUGCCAUGGUAACCCAUGGUAAAGCUUGGAAGGCUCGCAAGCCUAGGCGAGAGAAGAGCAGCUAGGAAGUGGAGAUGGAGUGUGCUGGGCUCCCUGCAGUGUACAGGCAGCCAAGGGCCUGUGGGGAGUGCGGGGAGUGUGUGUGUGUGUGUGUGUGUGUGUGUGUGUGUGUUUGUCAUGCCCUGAUGGCGGCCCUGCUGACUCACACACUCACAGACUGACGCACUAUAAAUAAGAAUCACAUAUACACUCGGUGUCAUACACCCACCCAAUUUAAUUUUUUUUAUUUUUUAUUUUACUCCACCCAGCCUCCCUACCUUUGGGACUGCUGGCAUGGAGUUUCUAUGUCACUGGGUCCAGUGGGGCUGCUAAGCGGCUGGGUGUGCGGUCAAUGCAAGCUUGUGAGGGAGCUCUGAUCUCCCUGCCCAGCUCACUUGCGUGCCUCUCAGUAAUGUCAUGCUACGGCAUCAUUGCGGUGCGCAGGGGAGCUGAGCAGGAAGAGCUCAGGGGAGUGUGCUCCCUCACCGCCAGCCUCUGGAAUAGGGCCCAAUGUGGGCAGCCGGCCAGCUCCUUAGUCCUCCAGGAAAAGAGGCUGACAAGGCAUCUGCCAGGGCGUUUGAGGGGGGUGGCUUUUUUUGCAGCCCCCCCGAAAGCGUCGCCCAAGGCAAAUGCCUGGUCAGCCUUGCGCUGCCCAUGAGCUAUACACUAAAACUGCUUCAUUAAGCUAAAGUUGUUUUCCCUACUAUAGUGUUUCUUUAAGAUUAGUUUUAUUAGUGUUCUGGUGUGUUUUACACACAUGCACUUCAGCAUCGCUGUGAGUUAUUACCCCAAUGUGUGCUAUCGCAACAAAAAAUGUUGUUCUGUUACAUAACACAUGUCUCUCUUUGCCAGGGUUUGUGAUGUUAUCGGUACAGUGUAGCAAAAUGUGGUCAUAAUAGUUUAAGUAAACCAUGAGUGAUUGUGAAUAAAAUCUCAACUCUCAAUACAAUUUUGGUUAUUUUGGCCUGAGAUGAUUACCCUUCAAUUCUCCUUGUUUGAUUUGAAGGGAUAACUCAACUUAAAAAUAAAAUUAAUUUGGUGGUUGAAGCCAAAGAAAAUAUGCAUGUAACUUUUUUUUUUUAUUUUUUUUUUGUGGUUUUAUUUUUGAGAGAGAUGAAAUCUUGGAUUGACCACAGAUCUAGUAUCUGCAGCCUUUGGAAACCCUUCCCUUCUUACCUAGCACAUACUUUAUGUGGCUGUUUCUGAAUAAAUUCUGGUACAGAAAUGUUGUACUAGUUGCCCUAGUUUAAAGUCUACAAGCUCUGUGAAAUGAAAAGGAGUUAUGCCAUUCAGUUAAAUGGCACAUUUAGAGAUGUGUACUACUUGAACCAUAGUCUCCUUUUUUGAAAGUUUACAGGUCAUAAAAUACAAGGACUAAAAUAAAAUUUCAAUUUGCAACAAUUUCAGAAGUUGGUAUGUUUGUCUUGUAGGUUUAAUAACCAUCACCGAAAAAAAACAAAUCCACAAUCUUGGUAAAUUUAGAAUAUUGUGAAAAGGUGCAAUAUUCUAGGCUCACAGUGUCCCACUCUAAUCAGCUAAGUAAGCCAUAACACCUGCAAAGGGUUUCUGAGCCUUUUAAAUGGUCUCAGUAUGAAUCACAAUCAUGGGGAAGACUGCUGACCUGACAGUUGUGCAGAAAACCAUCAUUGACAUAAGGAGGGAAAGCCUCAAAAGUAAAAUUGCGAAGGAAGUUGAAUGUUCCCAAAGUGCUGUAUCAAAACACGUUAAUAGAAAGUUAUGUGGAAGAAAAAGGUGCACAAGCAGCAGGGAUGACCGCAGCCUGGAGAGGAUUGUCAGGAAAAGGCCAUUCAAAAGUGUUGGGGACUUUCACAAGAAGUGGACUGAGGCUGGAGUCAGUGCAUCAAGAGCCAUCACACACAGACGGAUCCUGGACAUGGGCUUCAGAUGUCGUAUUCCUCUUGUGAAGCCGCUCCUGAACAACAAACAAUGUCAGAAGCGUCUUACCUGGGCAGUUGCUCAGUGGUCCAAAGUCCUCUUUUCUGAUGAGAGCAACUUUUGCAUCUCAUUUGGAAACCAAGGACCCAGAGUCUGGAGGAAGAAUGGAGAGGCACACACUGCAAGAUGCUUGAAGUUCAGUGUGAAGUUUCCACAGUCUUUGUUGAUUUGGGGAGCCAUGUCAUCUGCUGGUGUUGGCCCACUGUGCUUCAUUAAGUCCAGGGUCAACGCAGCCGUCUACCAGGAGAUUUUGGAGCACUUCAUGCUUCCUUCCGCAGACGAGCUUUAUGGGAUGCUGACUUCAUUUUCCAGCAGGACUUGGCACCUGCCCACACUGCCAAAAGCACCAAAGCCUGGUUCAAUGACCAUGGGAUUACUGUGCUUGAUUGGCCAGCAAACUCGCCUGACCUGAACCCCAUAGAGAAUCUAUGGGGCAUUGCCAAGAGAAAGAUGAGAGACAUGAGACCGAACAAUGCAGAAUAGCUGAAGGCCGCUAUUGAAGCAUCCUGGUCUUCCAUAACACCUCAGCAGUGCCACAGGCUGGUAGCUUCCAUGCCACGCCGCAUUGAGGCACUAAUUGCUGCAAAAGGGACCCAAACCAAGUACUGAGUCAAUAUGCAUGCUUAUACUUUUCAGAGGUCCGAUUUUGUUCUAUGUACACUCCUUGUUUUAUUGAUUGCAUGUAAUAUUCUAAUUUACUGAGAUUGUGGAUUUGGGGUUUUCAUGAGCUGUGAGCCAUAAUCAUCACACUUAUGACAAAUCACGACUUGAACUAUCUUGCUUUGCAUGUAAUGCAUCUAUCUCAUAUAUUAGUUUCCCCUUUUACAUUGCAUUACUGAAAUAAAUGAACUUUUGCAUGAUUAUUCUAAUUUUUCGAGUAUCACCUGUAUAGCUGUUUGACUGUUCAAAUAACACCACAAAGGGCUUCCAUUUGAUAAAGCAGACACCCCAGGGUAUCUAAUAUGGUGUAUAUUUUGCCUUAACUUGUCACCCUUUUUUUUCAUUAAUUUAUUUCAAUGUUUGUGAUGAGGGGGGAAAAAUUGAUUUUUACAUACAUGUUGCAUUUUUGCAGACUAUUUUUAUUUUUUUAUUUUUACACUUAAUAUGACCACUGUCAAUAAAAAGAAGAAAAAAAAAAAUUAUACUCCGUUACAUCUACUCUGUAAAACUAUAUUUAUUUAUAAAAUAUUUUACCAGGAAAGAUAAAUUGAGAUCUCUCUCUCGUUUUCAAGUAUGUCCUAGGUCCACAAAACAUUGCAUUUUGCAAUACAACAGGGUGCAGUAAAAUACAUAAACCAUAUAUACACAAUUUAACAUUGACCAGCUAGGAAAUAUAUAAUCAACCGUGACAGGUGCAUUCUGUUUUGAGGUAUGUAGAGUGGGAUCUCAAGGACUUUAGGCUUGGUGAAGAUUUGAAAGUGUGCGGGAGGUCGUUCCGUAAUUGCGGCGCUCAGUAGAAAAAGGAGGAUCGGGCUGCUUUCUUUUUAUAUUGAGGUAAACUAAAUAAAGUACUGGAUCGGAGGUUAUAGGAGGUGGGAACAGCCGGGAAGAACAGUCUGCUCAGGUAGGGUGGGAGCUUUCCCGAAAAGCUCUUAAACACAAGGUUGGGAAGAUGAAGGGUGUGUCUGUAUUCCAGUCAACAGCCAGUUUAGUUAUUUUAGCAUGUAACAAUGGUGGGUCCUGUAAUUACAUUGUAGCACAAAUAGGCAGAACAAGUUAUACAAUGUAUUGAGUUUAUUAAGGUGGGUUUGCGGUGCUGGUGCAUAUACUACAUCCCCAUAAUCAAUGAUUGGCAUCAGCAUUUGCUGUACUAUCUUUUCCUUUACUGUAGGGCUUAGGCAGGAUUUGUUUCUGUACAGGGCACCUAAUUUUGGAUAAAGUUUAGAUGCAAGUUUUUCUAUGUGGAGGCCAAAAGAUAGAUUGUGGUCUAACAACAUACUCAAGUAUUUAAAAAAAAAAAAAAAGUGGACUGCGGUCAGUGUGCUAUUUGAAUUUUUGAUGGAUAGGUGGGAAUUGUGUAAUUUAGGUACUGUUCCAAAGAUCAUUGUGACCGUUUUGUCAGUGUUUAGGAAGAGUUUGUUUUUUGCGAUCCACUUUUCUACAUCUGUAAAGUCUGUAAAUAUGACCUAGACGCUAUUUUGUGUUUCAGUGCUGUAAAAGAGACGUGACAAGUUUUAGGUUUUUUAGUGGGAAUUUUCAUGGAGGGUUUUGAUGCGUCAGUGUCCCACUUUGGAGCACCUGAGCAGGCUACAUAUUCCAGCUACACCAUAAAGGCAUACCAUUUCUUAAAGAAGACAUCCCAGGGUAUUUCAAAAGGCAUAUUUUGAACCUUCGCGUGGCAUCAUUUUUUCCAGGUAUAGCGGUAGGCAUUUGUAGGUGUGGGCAUUUUUAAUGUGUGUGUGUGUGUUUUUUUUUUUUUCCUGUUAAUCCAUAACUAGCAAUAAGCUGCGGCACUAACCGUAAAUUCUCAGAUUUCCCAUAAUUCCAUCCCCAGCUAGCAUAAUAUAUAAUUUAAAAAAAUGUAAAGUAAAUAAAUUGAACCCCUGAAGGUUAAAAAAAAAAAAAAUUUAAAAAUCAGAUCACCGUAUAAUAUUGUGAUCUGUAUUUUGAUCACUGUAGGCAGUGAUCAAUUGACAGGGAAGGGGUUAAUUUUUAUUAGGACUGGGUAAAGGGAGGGUGGGAUUUUAAACUAGCUUUAUUUUUUUUUCACACAGGAAGAAGAUCCCUGCACUUCACACAGAAUGCCGAAGCACAGGGAGGCGAAUCAGAAGUCCCUGCAGCACAUGUGCUCGCUCUGACAGGCUGUCUCAGCGAUCACAGCUGCAGGGACAGCGCGAUCGGGUGCUCACAGUCUGCCUCGAAUACCGAGGCAGAUCGGAGGAGCGUUAAUGCCGCUAUCUGAGGUUAACUUUUUAGUAAAUGAUGGUAAUUUUCAGUCAUGCGUCCUUAACGGUAGGUCUCCCUUGAUGGGAAAAUCUCCGUCAAGCGGUUAACCCAUGAACAUGGUCUGGAAGCAGGUCAUGACAUGUUCAUUUGCGUGGCUCAAGGAACGCAGCAUUCUUUUCAAAUUUAUUUUUAUUAAGGUUUUAACAUUUUACAACAAAAAAAUGAGUAGUAAAAUGUAUUCUAUAUUCUUGUCAUAGUUUGAGUAGGUGAGGUUGCCACAAAUGAGGCUAUUUUUCCAUUUAGAGUUGCUUCCUACAUCACAGCCUGAUCACAUGCAUAUGGUUUCGUUUUCCAACUUGUUAUUUAUUUCACCCAUUUUAAUAUAUUUUUUUUUUUUUCCUUAGACUAAAGAUUGGUGGACAUAUGAGUUUUGUUAUGGAAAACAUAUACAACAAUACCACAUUGAAGGUAGGUCUCAGAAGCAGAAUCUCCUGUCACAUUCUUGGUUCUUUCUUAGCUUUACUGUAUAAUCUACUAAUACCGACUUUCUGUUGGCAUGUGUCACCCAUAUCAUAUAUUUUUAUUUUUAUUAUUUUUUUCAUUUAGAAUCUGAGUUGAAGGGUGAUAUUUUAUACCUUGGAUAUUAUCAAUCUGAGUUUGACUGGAACAAUGAGACUGCGAAGGUAUGCAAUAUCUGAAAUACAAUCUUUUUUUACCUAAUAUUUGGUUAAAUUAGUCAAACAUGUUAAAAAUACAAUAUUUGAAUAUAUCGCAUGAAUUUGUUCUUUGUAAAAGUAGCAACUUUUUACUUGCGGAGUGCUGGGGGGGAGGCGGGGGAAGCUCAACAGAGACCUGAGUGGAAGGUGAUAAUGUAGUAAUAGGUCAACUAUUUAAAGAUAUUCAUUACUUUCUCGUCAGACCCUUUUAAAUUUUUUUUUUUUUAUUACUGAAGCUAUAACUACUGUAGGUCAUCAAGCAAUUUGCGAUUACACACUAUUUUGGUUUGAGUAACAAGAAGAAAACAAAAGGCUGGACCAUCUGUCUUUGGUGAUCAUAUGAUCAUCCACUCAGACUGAAAAACUUAUUCUCAGUAGAACACUCUGGUUGGUUGACUUAUCUUGACUUUCCAUUGAAUGGGAAAGGUGGAAGACCAUGUUAAGUCCACCUCCCUUGUAUAUUUUAUAGUAGCGCCCACCCUAUAUGGUUAGUAGCACCACCUGCUGACAACUGGUGGGCAUAGCAAUGGCAUUAGUAUGUCCCCACCCCUUCCCAUUUUCAUUUAGUGAUAUAUCCACCUCAUCCCUCCCCCAAAUCACCAUAUGGCAAAUUUUAGUGAAUUACCGGUCAGUCUGAGCUGUUCCUUUUAUUGAAUGCUGUGUACUGCAACUUUCACAAAACUACAAAUGAGACAGUCAGUUAGCUAAUAGUUCACAUAUUCAGCUGUUCCAUCAGAUCUUAAAAGUGGAAGUCAGGAGCAGCUUAUUCUUAUCCUAUGGAUCUCGUCUUAUUUCAUAAACCACUUCACAUGGUUUACAGUAUAAGUUCAUCCCCAAAUAGCAGUUAUGAUAAAGGGUACUGCUCUAAAACGAACACUGCAACUGCUGUAAAUAUUCACAGAACCUGUUCACUAUUAAACAUCUCUGGCAGGAGACAGCUCUUUCCAAGUUCUACAUACAGAUUUUACAGAGAUAAAGAAGAUCUCAAUGUUUGAGUUUUGGUUUAAAGAUGAUAGAAGUAGAGGCCAAUUAAUGGCUGUGAAAUCAUCAAUUAUUUUAUUUUUUAUACAUAAUUUUUUUUGUGCAUUAUAGCAGUUAGACAUAUUUGCGAUACCACAACAGCAUAUUCAAAUAAUAUAAUGGCAGAGAUUAUGUGUGACAUACUAUUAAAAUGUGCAUUGUUUUUCUAAUCUAAAAAUAUUAACUAGUUAGACAUGUCAAACUAGUAUGUGAACGUACGUUUAAACAAGCUAGGUCUAAACACAGUCAUGGAUUAUUUAGUGUAUUUAAGCAAAAUAUAUUGGGACCCAAAAAGGCUUAGGUAAAAAGUGGCAGAGAGCAACCUCCCAUGUAGUGGCCUAAUGCCCUGAUAAUCGCCGAAACAUUCAGCCCACACCCUGUAUUGGCAGUGCAUAGUCCCAUGGAGUAGGCUGAGGUCUACUAGCCUUCUGCUCGAGGUCCUGCAAGGCUCCUUGCUUUCUCCCAUGACGUGGCUUCUAUAGAGCCAAUCCAGCUGGGAUAGAUCUGGUUCGAGGACUUGAUCUUCUGCCACUGGUGCUAUGUUGUACCCAACAUGGUUGGGUAGCGUGCCGAUGCAGAGGUGUGCGGGGUAGCUGAGGAUAGGGGACAUUAACUGUGAAUCGAGUAGGCUUACUCUGUGCUGCAUGGAACAAAAGCUUUCUACCUGGAGCUAGGCCAGCUCUGGGUGCAAUAGGCACAAUGUCUUGCAUGGCUUGUGCAUCUGGUAUUCUCUUGAGCGUAUCGCUGGGAGUCGGCGUAUGUGUGGAAAUAUCUUCAAAAAUGCUCCAGAACUGUUAAACGCUGUUGGAGAAAGUCUCGCUGCGCUCAUACAGCUUGGUUCUUUCCUCUGCAAAAGUAAAUUACUUUAAUACCCUCAUAACCACACUCUCCUGUGAACCCAAAUGAAUUUCACACAUUUAACUCUCUUCUUCGCCCUAGUGUUCCUCCUCCACCUACUAACUUGACCACCUCAGACUUUGCAACUCACUUCACUGAUAAGAUCUCUACAAUCAGGGAAGAGAUCUCUCAUCUUUCUUCUUCCCCUUACAAUACUUCCCCUAACCUCACUCCCUCUGCUGUUCUAUGUUCAUUUGCACCCGCUACAGCGGAAGAGGUUUCUGCUCUGCUUCAGUCCUCCCGCCCCACCACUUGCUCCCUAGAUCCAAUUCCCUCGCAUCUCAUCCGUACUCUGUCUUCUUCUCUUUCUCUACCUCUCACUAAAAUUCUCAAUCUCUCUCCUCUGGCAUAUUCCAUCGCUCUUCAAACAUGCAACUGUAACCCCAAUUCUACAGAAGCCCAACCUUGACCCAUCUAACUACUGUCCUAUAUCGCUACUGCCUUUUGCAUCCAAGAUCCUUGAAAGAGUUGUGUAUGCAAGAUUGACAGACUUCCUCGAGUCCAAUUCUCUGCUAGACCUGCUUCAGUCUGGUUCCCGCGCUAAGCACUCUGUAGAAACGGCACUGACCAAAGUAUCCAAUGAUCUACUCGCUGCAACACCUUGUGGUCACUACUCUAUCCUAAUUCUCCUUGACCUCUCUGCGGUUUUUGACACUGUUGAUAAUCAACAGCUUCUUUUCAUCCUCCGCAAUAUCGGUCUACAAGAUAUUGCUCUCUCCUGGUGCUCCUCCUACCUCUGCCAGCACUCUUUCAGUGUUUCUUUCUCUGGCUAUACUUCUUCCCAACUCCUUUCUGUUGGUGUCCCCCAAGGUUCAGUCCUUGGUCCCCUCCUGUUCUCCAUCUAUACUGCCUCCCUUGGUAAACUCAUUAGCUACCCUCCAUCUAAUUAUUUUUAAUUUCAAAUACUGUUCUGCAUAGGGCUCCACUUGCAACAUUACAAUGGUACAGAUUGCAUAGGACUGAGGAUAUGAAAUCAGUAGAAGAAUGUCAUUACUUUUUUUACGUCACUGAAAACUAUAACUGUAUAUUCAAUAUUCAAUUUUUAUUUUCCAGGCUUCAAAGCAUCACAGAUUAAAGCGUUAUCAUAGUCAGCUAUAUGUUAAUGGUUCCAAAUGUGAUCUGAAUGGAAAGUCCAGGGAAACUGAAGUUAGGGUAAGUACUUGUAUAUGACUUUUGAAAGAUUAGGAAUCGCCAAGGUGGCACGGGCAAAGCUGGCCAUCCCAAUCAGCAUCUUCUCAAAGAGAUGUAUUGAAUCAAAUUUCAGCGUCUCCAUGCACAGUUGUUCUGGUGUCUAUAGUACUGUGGCACUGUUUGUAUACCGUAUGUACUCCUUCUCAAUAUAAAUGUAUAGUGUUUUUUUGUUUUUUUUAAUAUCCCCCUUAUAGUUCAUGUGUGAAGAAGGCUCUGGUGAUUAUAUAGCACGUGUUGAUGAACCACAGUCUUGCACUUAUGUCCUCACUGUGCACACCACCCGCAUUUGCCAUCAUCCUUUUCUUCGCAUGCCUUCCACUGGAAUACCUCAGUCCAUAAGGUGCCAUCCAGCCCUCACCCCAGAACAAUAUGUUGAAUAUGUGAAGGCUCAAGUCUGUAAGUGAACUAAAUAUUUCUAGCUUAUUAUUUCUCCUGUCUUGCUGUAGUUUUUAAAAACCUUGUAUUGUGAGCGUUUGGAAACUGAAAUGAUGUACAUACAUAGUGGCAAUUUUAUGAGUGUGCAGCAAUUGCUGGUUGUAUUUACUUGUUAAUGUGACUUACAUAUAAGUAUUGGGUUAAAAUAGGCUUUUCUUUGUUUCGACCACGUACAGAAGACGACAAAGGAAAAUUAUUGAAACCUGUUUAGGCAUACAACCGCAAAGGAUACUAAAGGUUUUCAUUGUAUUGUAGUCUACAUUUUAAAAAGAUGUAAGUUGGCCUAGCUUAAAGCGGCACUGUCAUGCCGAACUUACCUUUACCCAAUCGAUUCCUCUUCUUUCGCUCUCUCAGGAUCUGUUCUUGAUUUCUUUCUGUCUGCUCUAGUUUUCUUUAAAACAUAAGACAAAGUAGGGACUACUUGACUUAUGGAGGUUUCCUACGCUUGACCGUCUCUGACCAGCGGAGCAGCAAAGUGUGCUUCAUUUUCUGGUGGAAACUCCGAUCCUACUCGUCUCGUGGCUGCAUCUUGCAGCGGCUUAGUAGAUAGCUCCCUUAUUCCCACGGUAUCAGGGAGCCAUCUACCAAAAGGCUGAAAGACCUAAAUUGGUCUUUCAGCCAAAUUUACUAAUACUAAGUAAAGAUUACUUAGUAUUAGUAAAUGCUGCACCUACUCAUUACGCCGUGAGUCAGGGCAUGUCUACUAAACAGUGAGCAGCCUGUGACUGCUCACUGUUUAAAAAAAAAAAAAAAAAUAUAUAUAUAUAUAUAUAUAUAUAUAUAUAUAUCUCUAUCUCUAUCUCUAUCUCUAUAUAUCUAUAUCACCCCCCACCUGUGUCAUGCGAGUGGGGGCUAUUAACCAACCAAUCAGAGCGCUCUGAGACUAAUUGCAGGGCGUGGGAAGGCUUUAUAAGCCUGCCGCUCAGGGUUGGGGGCUGAGGGGAGCACAAUAGGUCCCGUCCCCCCACAUUAUCAUUUAAUGCACCCACCCGCCAUUAAGGGGAGGAGGGGAGCGUUAGGUCCCCCCCCUUCAGACUAAAAGCCCCCACGCGUGGCUUGGGAGGGGGAUUUAAAAAAAAUAUAUUUAUUUUUUUAACAGUGAGCUGCUACAGGUUGCUCACUGUUUACUUGACAUGCCCCUUCUCGCGGUAUAGCGAGUAGGGUCAGAAUUUACUAAUACUAAGUAAUCUUUUAACCUUUACUUAGUAUUAGUAAAUUUGGCUGAAAGACCAAUUACAUUUUUCAGCCUUUUGGUAGAUAGCUCCCAAAUACCGUGGAAAUUAGGGAGUGAUCUACUAAGCGGCGGCAGGAAUAGGAUCAGAGUUUCAUUCAUUCUAAUGAAAUUCCGAUCCGAACAAAGUCCAGAAAUGCGAAAGGACGUUCGAAAAAAGUGAAAGAAGGCUUCGCGGAAACACGGAGGAAAGGUGAGAGUUGUAGGAAAAUUGCUCUGACCACCGGAAAUGAAGAACACUUUGCUCCUGCGCUGGUCAGAGAUGGUCAGUCGUAGGAAACCUCCAUAAGACAAGUAGUCCCUACUUUGUCUUAUGUUUUAAAGACAACUAGAGCAGACCGGAAGAAAUCAAGAACAGAUCCUGAAAAAGGAAGAGAAAAGGAAUCGAUUAAAGAAAGGUAAGUUCUGCAUGUUUUGCAAAAUAAAUGAAAUUACUAAUAUCUUAAGUUACUUGUCCAUUACUUGAUGUACAGUUCGUGGUUAACAAAAAUAUCUUUAACCAGUCUACUGCACAUCUUUUAGGCCACAGCAAAUACAUGGUUGGUAUGAGUGAUCAGAAGUAGUAUCCAUUUUCAGAUAUCUGCUGAGUAGUGAUGUCCCGAACGGUUCGCCGCGGACUCCGGUCAGCAGACACAUUCCAGCCAAUCAGCAGCAGACCCUCCCUCCCAGACCCUCCCACCUCCUGGACAGCAUCCAUUUUUAAGCUGCAUUCUUAGUGAGCUGUCUGGGAGGGAGGGUCUGCUGCUGAUUGGCUGGAAUGUGUCUGCUGACUGGAGUCCGCGGCGAACAGUUCGGGACAUCACUACUGCUGAGUAGUGGUAUUACAUAAUUUGGAAAACUAACAGACUUGCUUACUAAAGUUAGAAUUUAAAGUGAUUUAGAAGGGAAUUUCAAAUUCCGAACUAAAUAUUCUUCUAGAUGAGAUGCUGGAAAAUCAAGACCGGGGGAGAUUUAACAAAGUGAUAUAAAUAGUGAUCGCUUUCUUUAUAGUGAAUUCUGUCAGUUUCCGUAGAAGUUUUAAUUUCAUAAGCUCACCAAAUUUACAGCAGGCAGAAAAAUUAAUGGCAUACAAAAGAUUUUAAUAAAGGAUGCUAAAAUUCAGAUAAAAUUAGAUAUUUAUUAACUAGACAUAAGUGUUGGUGACACUUUGGUAACUAUACCCCUAUGCCUUCAUAUCACGCUCUAGCAUAUAGUCAGUCUGGUCAGCAACUUUAAAUGUUCUGUAUGUAUUAUGUUGUAUGUAUAUGUACAUAAUGUAUUAUGUUGCUUAAAUGCAUGCAACCAAGAAAUCUCACCUGCAAUUUGCAUUGGAAUAAAUUAAAAUACAGUCUGGUUUACCAGUGUGUCAUUCAUGUAUUUGCACGUCCUGAACUUGCAGAGCCUGCUCACACCAUUUAGAUCAGCCUCUUUUGCUUUCCAGAUUUGAUGUGUGAGAGCACAUACAUCAGUUACCUGCUUGCUUCUUAGCACAGCACUCUGAGCCAGCCAGGCAACUGCUGGACACAAAAGAUUAGAAGUCCUCUCUCCCUGUCAUGUGAUUACUCUGUCUCGUAGAUAAUACAAUAUUCUGCUAAGAAAUUUUAUGAGUAAAAGUGUAAAAAAAAUGUGAAAAUACAAACUUGUAAAAAAUAAAAUUAUUGAGAACUGCUGGACACAGUCUCACAGGAAAGCCCUUGCAGGCUUAUGCUACAUAUUUAGUCAAACAACUUAGUGGUGAAAAGUAGACUUCUCUUUAUGUAGAAGCUUAAAAUCUCAGGGUUAAUUUUUAAAGUAUUUAUGGUUUGGUUCCUAGCACCAUAACUCCUACAAAUGUUUGUGUACCAUUUUUAGUCAUGGUUGUGUUUUACAGCUGACACAAAGAGGAUAGUGGAGGAACUGUCAGAGGAACUCAAGACCCUGGAUUUGAGAACAUCAUCAAAUAAAAUGUCUUCUUUAAAUCAAGUCUUGAAUAGAAAUGAUUUUGAAGAGUCAAUAUCUACAGAGCAAGAACAGCAAAAAGAUGAGAUUGGUAUGUUAUGUAAACAAAAAAAUCCACAAAAGCCCUUGGUACUGAUGGACAGUAAAUCCAACAUUUCUUGGUAAAACAUUCUGUGUAUACAAAUGAACAUGUAAAAUUUACUUAAAGGGAAACUAUAGUCACAAAAACAACUUUAGCUUAAUGAAGCAGUUAUAGUGUAUAGAGCAUGCUCCUGCAGUCUCACAGCUAAAUUCUCUGCCAUUUUGGAGUUAAAUCACUUUGUUUAUGCAGCCCUAUGCACACCUUCCUGCAUGUGACUUACCCAGUCUUCCUAAACACUUCCUGUAAAGAGUCAUCUAAUGUCUACACUUCCUUUAUUGCAAAUUCUGUUUAAUUUAGCAUUUCCUAUCUCUUGCUCUCUUACUAGCUUGCUAGAUCCUGCAGUUCAAUUUACAGAGCAGGAGAUAAAAACUUUUAAAAUAAGUUACAUCUAAUUGAAAAUGAAACCAUUUUGUUUUCAUGCAGGCUGUGUCAGUCACAGCCAGGUGAGAUGUGGCUAGUGCUGCAUAAACAGAAACCGUGAUUUAAUUUCUAAAUGUCAGAUAAUUGCGCAGUGAAAUGUCAGAAGCAUGAUCUACACACAAAAAGUGCGUCAUCAAGCUAAAGUUGUUUUGGUGCUUAUAGAGUUCCUUUUCAAGAACACUUCACAGCGAAUUUCCAACAUGUGUUUUGGGACACUAUAUAGGUGCAGUGAAAAUUAUACAUACACAUAUUUUUGGGAAAAAUACAUUCACAGGUGUUACAGGAAUGUAAACUCAUGACUUUCUAGUUAAUCAUGAAAAUGCUGAGAAUGCUCAGCCAGUUUCUUGUCUCUUACAGCUUUACAGAAAUAAAAACAAAUGCAUGUUGUCCUACAUAUACUCACUAAAAAAUUGUCAUAUGAAUCCAUGUGAUCUGAUUUUAUGGAAACCGGAAUACAAUAUCCAACCUAGAGGGCUGCACUCACCUGAACAUGCACACCCCACAAGGGUGCCACUACAGGGAGUGCAGAAUUAUUAGGCAAAUGAGUAUUUUGACCACAUCAUCCUCUUUAUGCAUGUUGUCUUACUCCAAGCUGUAUAGGCUCGAAAGCCUACUACCAAUUAAGCAUAUUAGGUGAUGUGCAUCUCUGUAAUGAGAAGGGGUGUGGUCUAAUGACAUCAACACCCUAUAUCAGGUGUGCAUAAUUAUUAGGCAACUUCCUUUCCUUUGGCAAAAUGGGUCAAAAUAAGGACUUGACAGGCUCAGAAAAGUCAAAAAUAGUGAGAUAUCUUGCAGAGGGAUGCAGCACUCUUAAAAUUGCAAAGCUUCUGAAGCGUGAUCAUCGAACAAUCAAGCGUUUCAUUCAAAAUAGUCAACAGUGUCGCAAGAAGCGUGUGGAAAAACCAAGGCGCAAAAUAACUGCCCAUGAACUGAGAAAAGUCAAGCGUGCAGCUGCCACGAUGCCACUUGCCACCAGUUUGGCCAUAUUUCAGAGCUGCAACAUCACUGGAGUGCCCAAAAGCACAAGGUGUGCAAUACUCAGAGACAUGGCCAAGGUAAGAAAGGCUGAAAGACGACCACCACUGAACAAGACACACAAGCUGAAACGUCAAGACUGGGCCAAGAAAUAUCUCAAGACUGAUUUUUCUAAGGUUUUAUGGACUGAUGAAAUGAGAGUGAGUCUUGAUGGGCCAGAUGGAUGGGCCCGUGGCUGGAUUGGUAAAGGGCAGAGAGCUCCAGUCCGACUCAGACGCCAGCAAGGUGGAGGUGGAGUACUGGUUUGGGCUGGUAUCAUCAAAGAUGAGCUUGUGGGGCCUUUUCGGGUUGAGGAUGGAGUCAAGCUCAACUCCCAGUCCUACUGCCAGUUCCUGGAAGACACCUUCUUCAAGCAGUGGUACAGGAAGAAGUCUGCAUCCUUCAAGAAAAACAUGAUUUUCAUGCAGGACAAUGCUCCAUCACACGCGUCCAAGUACUCCACAGCGUGGCUGGCAAGAAAGGGUAUAAAAGAAGAAAAUCUAAUGACAUGGCCUCCUUGUUCACCUGAUCUGAACCCCAUUGAGAACCUGUGGUCCAUCAUCAAAUGUGAGAUUUACAAGGAGGGAAAACAGUACACCUCUCUGAACAGUGUCUGGGAGGCUGUGGUUGCUGCUGCACGCAAUGUUGAUGGUGAACAGAUCAAAACACUGACAGAAUCCAUGGAUGGCAGGCUUUUGAGUGUCCUUGCAAAGAAAGGUGGCUAUAUUGGUCACUGAUUUGUUUUUGUUUUGUUUUUGAAUGUCAGAAAUGUAUAUUUGUGAAUGUUGAGAUGUUAUAUUGGUUUCACUGGUAAUAAUAAAUAAUUGAAAUGGGUAUAUAUUUGUUUUUUGUUAAGUUGCCUAAUAAUUAUGCACAGUAAUAGUCACCUGCACACACAGAUAUCCCCCUAACAUAGCUAAAACUAAAAACAAACUAAAAACUACUUCCAAAAAUAUUCAGCUUUGAUAUUAAUGAGUUUUUUGGGUUCAUUGAGAACAUGGUUGUUGUUGUUCAAUAAUAAAAUUAAUCCUCAAAAAUACAACUUGCCUAAUAAUUCUGCACUCCCUGUAGGAUCAAGUACACAACAUAUUAGAUCCAUAACACACACUCAAUCGCUAAACCUCAAUUUCAAAGCUCCCAGGAUGUAAUCUUUUUAUUUUGUUAUGAAUGUAUGUAUUUUUAUAGACUGUAACUAAACUCACAUUAUUUUUGCCUAGGUUACAUUCUAUUCUAUUACAUUCUGUGAGCUGUGUGUAGUGGCUGCAGUGGUAUACUUGUCAGGGGGGUGUGUACGUAUUUCAUUAUGUCCUAGAUAUAAAUAUAUCUAUAGAAAAAUUAUAGGUAUACAUAAGUGGUCAUUAUUUUGUAGUCUGUAGGUUUUUGUGUUUUUUUGUGUUUUUUUUUAUUUAUUUUAUUUUUUUAACCUUGAGUUUUAUAUGCAUCAUAUGUUCUACAAUUUAGGAUCUGAAGCAUCUUUGGACGAUAUAACCACAGAGGAAGAUGGGGAGAAUGUCGUUCUUAAUGAAGAGCAUACAGAGACAGAUUUCUGGAAUAAAAUUCUAGGACAGCCAAAUGGAGAAACUGAAACUGCAGAUGUUGAUAAAAUGGUAUAGAAAGGUUUAGAAAUGUUUUUGGUUUUGUGGGGUUUUUUUUGUUUUUUUUUUUGUUUUUGCUAUCCUGAUUAUAUUACCAUUGUCACUGGGAGACGCUGGAAAAAUGGAGUCUAUGAAAAUCACAUGGUGAUUAAUUUUUAAUGGGAAAUUGGGAAAUCACAAAGUGCGCCAAGUAAAAGCUGUGCAUAGAAAACUCAGUGGUCCAUACUUUGUAUUAUGUAUAUCUUUUCAGUUUGAAUUCUAUUGAAAUAUGAUUGAGGGGUUUACGUUUUUUUGUGUUUUUUUUUUUAUGAAAAAGUAAUAAAUGACAGGGUAGUAUGUAACUUGCAAUGUGACUUUUAAUGCCUUAUUUUCCAGAAGAUUCUCAUUCAGUCCCAGGGCAUUUAUCAACUGUUUACAUGGCUGCAAGAAACAUCGUAUGCCUAACGAGUGCAAUUGGGAUAUCUGCAGGUUACUUUACUAUAAAUGGUUACUCCAAUCACCAUGACUACUUCAGUUAUUUUAAGUGGUCAUGUUGCUUGCAGUCUGCUUAGAACUGAAUCUGCACAGUUGUUUGAAAUAAAUUACUUUUCCCUUGUUCAACUUCUAGCUACAUCAUUAGGGUGUCAUUGGCCAGCCCAGAAUUAUAUUACAUCAGUGCAUGUUGGACAUCUGUUGUCAGCACAUGCAGCAUGCUAGUGACCCGUAACAAAAUGUUCUCUAAGCCUCUUCUCCCUGACAUCCCUUCACCUUCAAUUAGGGGUAGUGAUGUCACUGGAGGUGAAUUAGGCUGAAAGGUGUACUUGACCUCAACAGGUAAAUUGUUGCAUAAUUCCUCUAUUUAUUUAUUUUUGGGAAGAGGGGGGUAUUUUUGACCUCUGUAAUAGCCUUGUUCAUUCACUAAACCAGGAGUUAUGAAAAUUUAUGAUUAUGAAGAUACCCAUAUAUCCACACCACCCCAACGAUAUGAUACAUAUUUGAAAGUGAUAUGUAAAAUAUUUUUUUUUUUUUAACUUGUGGUGAAAAUGUACAGUUUAGUGUUUAAUGGUAUUGUAUAGUUUUUAAAGGCAUUUAAAAUGUUGAUACUUUGUUAACCCAAAAAAUAAGAAAAUAAAUUUCUUUCCUAUAGGAUACAUUUCCAAACCCGAACAACCCACCAGAGCCACCAAAAGGUAGGUUUUCUGUAAAUACAUCCAUCUGAAGUUUUUUUGCUUCUGCAUGUAAACUGGUCUGCACCUUUUUUUGCUUGCCACAAACUGUGAAUACAUUUUUGAAGCAUUACUCACUACAGGUGCCAGUGAUAGGCUGAGAGUGUCAGCUAACGCUCUCAGCCCAUCACUUCAGCUCCUACACAUUCUCAUACGUUUGGUGAGGAAGAAUUGGUCAGAAACUGUUUAACAUUUGAAGGUGAGAAGGCACUGGUGUUCCUUUUUAAUAAUGAAUUUUGGAAAUUGCUAGGUCACCAUUCAACUAAUUUCUUACCAAUUUAUUAUAUAAUGCAUGUUUGUUUUUUUGUUUUUGUUUAAUUUUUAUUUUAUUUAUAUUUUUCUCUCAGAUUUACCGAAUUCUCUUCGUUAUAAGAUAAUAAGGAAUCCAGAAGAUCUAGUGAAGUUUAUUACAGAAUUAAAAUCUUCCAGGAAGGUAGAGUUCUUAUGCAACAAAUCAUGGCUUAACUGACAUUGCCAAAUGGAAGCAUGGGGGAGGUGUCAAGUGAACCUCUUAAAAUAGAUAUAGGCAUGUAGUUUUUAACCAUCUGGUUUGACUCCUGUUAUACAAUUAAAUGUUCAUACUAUUAAAAGUUCAGUGGGUGUUUCAGUUGCUUUAAGACACGCUUCUCCUGCAUACCCCUGUUUGGGAAGUAGGCUUCCAACCCCAGUAUGUUUUAGUGGGCAAUGAACCUCCCAGAGAUCUAGUUGAAAAAAGACUGCAUAGUGGUCUUACCAGGACUCGGCACAAAUGCCUUUAUUUGAUUAACAAGACCAUCCAAAGUACAAGGAACACUCUGCAGUAACUUCUUAGGAAUCAUGAACCAGUUCAUGUUCUCUGACAAUUGCAGUCUUCUGCUUGAUUUCAGCCAAAAAAUGUUGAUUCGCUUGUCCAGGCAAGCCAUUACAUUAUGUAAUAGUCCUAUAGGUUUAAAGCAGCUUGUGGCGUCCGUCAUCUUAGGCAGGUCUGUGUACCUGCAUUGCUUAGUUGUCAAGUAGGCUUAAAAGUUGCCAAUGAUUCUUGAGAAAAGUAAAGUAUAAUAUGCCUAGAGAUCCUUAUUGAUGGUGGGGGGUAACUGGAUAUGUGCUGUGUCUUCUAGCUUCAGGGAAAAUGUGAGGAGAAACUGACCACGUCUCCCACACUGAUGUUGUUGGACCGGCCCCAGGCAGGUCUCUGGGCAAAAUAUGCCCCUAAUAUUCAGAAAUGUGUCCAGCAACAGACUUAUAGAGAAAAAGAGUAGCCCUUGCAGUUUGAAUGUGCGAUAUCUUUAGAUAAAAAAACAAAACUUCUAAAUGGGCAGAAAACUGCUUUUUCUCCCAGGACACUCUCUUGAUGUGACUGAUCAGCAUGAGUCAGGCCCUGCCUCUGUCUAACUUCACCUGCAGUCUCCUAGUGUAGCAUCAAAGGUAACUUUGCGUAUCCUAAAGACACAGACCACAGACGCUGCCUACAUAAAAAAAAUGUGCAGCUUAAUGCUUUCUAAGCUGUGAAAUCUCAUCCUCCCAACCCAAGCUACUGAGGAGUUAGAAGUGGGGAGACGUGAGACAGGGACAGCUAGGGGUUUGUGGAGUUGACAUGGGUAGGGGUUGUUGGAUGUGACAGGGAUGCAAAAGUGAAUUUUAAGUGAAGUGGGAGAAAUAUGGGUUGUUAAAUGACGUGGAGAAAAGUUGUUGGAUAACAAAGAAGAAUAUCUGAGUGGGUGUAACUGACCUAAUGAAAUGGAGGAAAAAGGGGGUGUUGGAUGUGGCAAGAGAAAUUAUUUUUGGAUGUGACCAUGACAGGGGAAGGAAAGUUUUGUUGAUGUGACAUGGGGCAGUUGGUUGGAAGUGACAUGGAACAGAGAGUAGACGAGUGAAAUAAGGGGAAAUUUUACAGACAAGCUUAUGCAAAACCACCAGCACAUUCCAAAACAAACUGACUCUCCAUGCAAAUAUAUCCCUGUGUUUACCGACUGCCAGCCAACAUACACACAUGGACGCUCCACAUGCAUAUAUCUGCAUUCACUCACACUAAAACACACCCUUCACUCACUGCAUUCAUUACCAAAGCCCCUAAAUAUGUACAUUUGUGAUACAUGUAAUGCCAUGUCACAGACAGACCAGGAGUCAAAAGCAAAUCAGUUUGCUUUUGAGGUGGCAAGUUUUAACCAAGGGAGUGAUUUAUUUUGGGUUAACUGCAUAUAACCGUUUGCUUUUGAAUCAUUUCUUAUAUUUCAGGCCUUCUCUAAUUGUAGCAUAGCGAAUACUAAAAAGGAGUCUUAUAACUCCUAAUUCCCUGUUAAUUUAAUUAUACAACUUUUAGCAAGUACUAUACAUAUUUUUUGUUAAUAUAUGUUUACAAUGUUACUUGUAUUCAAUCAUAACAGGAGAAAGAUAAGGACAAGGAUAAGGACAAAGAUGUGCAAAGUUUGCAUAGUGAACAAGACUCCACCUCUGCAUCAGAAACACAAACAGAGGAGGUAGAAGAUGAACAGACUCUCUUGCAAGAGUUUGAAAAAGAGCUAGAAAACAUCCUGCUACCAAAGUCUGACUUGCCUCAAAUAAAAGAAAAUGUGAAAACGGAGAUGGAGAAAGAAUUUGAAAACAUUAUUGAUGAGGUACAGAUACAUUUGGAAUAUACAGUUCACCUACUGGAAAGAGAUGUAUAUCUUGAUCAAGCCCUAUUGGCUUGUACAUGGAUAUGCAAAUCACUGGACUAUGUAGAUAGUUGGCAAAACAGAAAAUUUGCCUUUUUGCAUUCUAACCACAAUACAUGAAGUCAAUCUGCUUCAGGGUUCAUGUGAAGCAGAACUUCUUUGAAAUGUUUCCACUUUUUUAGUUAUUGCGUGUCCAAGCUUAUUGAUGUACUUUGGAAGCUUUCAAUAUCUGUCCACUAAUGAAACAUUGUGCAUGAUUUGAUCGAAGUCGUUGUAAAACUGAUCUAGUUAGGCCAGAAUUAUUGCGCUGGAUAAAUUCAUGAGCUCAGUUUUGCAGCUUUGCUUUUUAUUUUUAUUUUCUCCUUUUUUCCUUUUUUUUUAGUUAAAAUUUUUAUAGUUUCUUUAUGCAUUUUGUAAAUUUAAAGGGAUGUGCAUUACUUGCCAUUUUUUACUUAAUUUUAUUUAUUUUUUAACCUGCAAGCAAACACAUUUUUAAGCAAAUAUACAAACCAAAAUAAAACAAGAAAAACUUUGUAACUCCACUAGCGGAGUGUCUUGUAUAAACCAAAAUUGAUUCAUUAAGCUGAAUGUUGAUUUGGUGCUGAUACUGUCCUUAUAACUAAAUGCUCUUCUUUUGUAAAAUAUCCAAAAUAUGGUACUCCUCUUUCUAAUGUAGAUGAAUGUGACUUUAAAAUAUCUGUUAUGGGUUGUCGGACAGGUACCCCAAUAUAGAAUCCUUAAAAUCAUAUGAAAUAUAUUAAAAUGAAAAUGCGUUUGAAAUGAAAUAAAUAUAAAUUAAAGCCCUAUAUAUGACCCUGUAACUUUCUAAAGUCCCAUAAAACCUGCACAUGAUGGGCAUAGUUGUCAUCACAGCAUACAAAUGUUUUCUUGCAGAAAAAGCUAACAGUUUUAUGAAAUGUACAGUUAAAUACCAUUCAGAACUUUUACAUUUCUUUCACACACUUUUUUCAUAUUUUAUUCAGAUUAAAUUAUUUUUCAUAUAUAAAUAUUUGAUGAGAAAUUAAAGCCUUAUUGCAAACAAAUUGAUAUAUAAGAAGUGUGGGCGCGCUUAAAGGGACACUAUAGUCACCAGAACUACAGCUUAAUGUAGUUGUUCUGGUGAGUAUAAUAGCUCACUUCAUUUUCACGCUCUGCAUGGAGACACUAAAUUUUCCUUAUAGAGAUGCAUUGAUUCAAUGCAUCUCGAUGAGGAGGUCCUGAUUGGCCAAAAUGGCAUUUGGCCCCGCCCCAUGCAGGUUUUAGCCAAUCUAAUGCUUUUCCUAUGAUGUCACAAAGGGGGGGAGCCAUCGCCGACUGACCUGGAAAUAAGGAGAGUUUUAAACUUUUUUUUAUAGGGGGGCUAAGGGGGUGGCAAGCCACCUAAAUAGUGGGUUUAGCACUAUAAGGGUCAGGAAUACAUGUUUGUGUUCCUGACCCUAUAGUGAUCCUUUAAUAUGCAAGAGGUAAGUUUAUGGUUGAACAGACAUAUAGCUCAAAUUCCAGGUUUUGGUCUGAACUUGUACAAUUGCUUCCAUCCUUAAAGGGUUAAAACAACUUGCCUAAUAUCAUGUAGGUUCACUUCGUGCUGACAAAACAGCUCUGAUGCAAUUAGACUCCACAAUAUCUCUAAAUGUGUCCUGUAGUAUCUAAGACUUUAGCAGACGAUCUUUUAAGUCUUGUAAGUUGUUCCAGCACAUCCAACAGAUGCUCAAUUGGAUUGAAAUCUGAGGAAUAUGGAGGCCAAAGCAUCAUCUUGAACUCUUUGUCCUGUUCCUCAAACUAUUCCUAAACAUUUUUUUGCAGUGAGGCAGGGUGCAUUAUCCUGCUAUAAGAUGCACCAGUUGCCUUGAAGCAGUGUAUAUGGUCUGCAACAAUCUCUAGGUAGAUGGUAUGUGUAAAUAACACCCACAUAAAUGCCCGGAGCCCAACAAAGGUUUCCCAACAGAAAUUUGCCCAGAGCAUGAUACUGCCUCAUACGGCUUUCCUUUGUGUUGUGUUAGCCCUAGCCACAUCUCUUUGACUGAGACUUCGUCUCAAACAGCCUCCAUAAAAAAUAAAAAAAUUUUAAAAAGUUUUUAUUUAGGUUUUAUUUUUUCUUAUGGAGAUUGUGUGGGUCACAGUCAGGGGAGGUUUAAGUUUUAAAUGACAGAUAAUUGAGUGGUGAGACUGCAGGGGCAUGAUUUAUACAACUAAUUUGUUCAAUUAUGUUAGUUGUUUAGUGUCCAUUUAUCUUGUACAAACCUUUCUUCUCACAUAGCUCAAUUUUUUUUAUUUAUUUUUUUUUUAUUUUGUUAUGCUGACAUUUUGUUAUUUUUACCACAGGCUCAAGAAGAGAUGGAAACUGAAGGUUUAAAAGGAGAAUUUGAUAGGAAACAUGCAUCAAAGUCCCUAGUGACUACACUGAACAAAUUAAUAGACAAACUAGACAAUGCGGUAAAUGAAAAAGAUGAUGAAACUCUGGAGAGUGAAAAAGCAAUGACACAAAGUGACACAGAACCAAGUGAUAAAACACCUGGUAUGUAUAUGGUUUUCUGACAUUGGCACUGCCCACGUUCACUCCCACUUUAACUGGUGGGAAAAGAGCCCCUGACAAAUUCCAUCUCCAAUUUUCUCUAGAAAAUGUAAACGUUUUAUUCAGAUUGAUUCAUAGUAAAUAUUCUACUGUUGAAAUUAAAAAAAUUAAUAAAAAUAAUAAUCUUGAUUGUAGUUCAUUGAUUUCAAUGUUGUGCCACUUCAUAUAAGAGGCCACAACAAGAGGCCAUAGUCUUAAAUUAGAGGGACAAAGGUUUAAAAAUAUCAGGAAGUAUUACUUUACUGAGAGGGUAGUGGAUGCAUGGAAUAGCCUUCCAGCUGAAGUGGUAGAGGUUAACACAGUAAAAGGAGUUUAAGCAUGCGUGGGAUAGGCAUAAGGCUAUCCUAACUAUAAGAUAAGACUAGGGACUAAUGAAAGUAUUUAGAAAAUUGGGCAGACUAGAUGGGCCGAAUGGUUCUUAUCUGCCGUCACAUUCUAUGUUUCUAUGUUUCUAAGAACCACUGAUUUAUCAUACUUUAUUUCUUUGUUACCAUAGAAAAGGUUUGGUAGCUGAAUUCAUGCAUAUUUGUAAGUGUUGGUUACUUUACUUGGGAGCUGCUGCUAAAAGUGUAACUUUAAAAACUUUUUCAUAUCCUUAAAUCCAUCGUUCUGACCGUACAAAUAAACCACGCCAAUAUUAAAAGCGAACAGUUGUCUUUGAAAUUAAUACUAGUAAGUGUUGAUGUUUACCAUAAACUACCUUAAUUCCUGCCAUUGAUGGAAGCUGUUUCAGUGUCAAACAGAAUGGAAGCCAAUAUAUACUUUACAUUUUUUUUUUUUUAUAAUUUAUUUUGUAUUAGUUUUAAGUAUAACUGAACAUGCUAGACUUCCACAGGAUUGUAAAAUAUAAAGCGUAUUUUGCAAAGAUCCUCAAUGAUUGCUGCGUUUAGUAUCCAAUAGACACUGGGAAGGUGAGGUGUUUUUUUUUUUUUUUUUUGUUUCUUUGUUUAAUUUUCCUGAACCUGUCCCUCGUGGCUGCCUCCAUCUUAAUCUGUUCAGUCCUUCUCCGCUCCUGAAGCUUCAUCUCCCAGGAGCCUACAUCACUGUGACAGCAGGAUCCUCCAUAUACAACGCCUUUUUCCAUAUAGCCGUCACUAGUAUCUGUCUUGUCAGCUGUAGGAAAUCUAAAGACAAUCUAGUUCCUAUCUUUUGACUGUUGGCAUUUCAGUUAAAUACCGACACCGUCAAUGUGAGUAUUUCAUAAAGAUUUUAUGUUCGUUAAAAUAUUCAUUUUGGAGGGGUUCACGGGAGGGGGACGGAGCCUCUUUAAUCUUGCCUUAAGGAUUCAUAUGGGUGGUAAUAAACAUAGGCAUAACCCCUCAGGCACAGUGACCUUAACUGAAUGAUUCACUUCCUACUGUCCAAUGCCAUUCUUAACUGUGAAAGCUUUUAAUAAUCUGUUCUGACAUGGACAUUCAGAACUGGCUGAUUAGUGAUCCACAUGUUCAUAAUUCAAAUAAUAAAGAAAGAAAUAGACAUCUUGACUGAUGGGUUAAUUUUUGCUAUGACCUUUUCACAUUAGAUGAACAAGCUGAUGGUCGUGUUAAAGUCAGGGUCACUAGGAUACAACGGGGCAGUCCUGAGCAGAAUGAGAGGAAGGUGAGCGAAGUGAGCAGCGAGAACUCACAACUGAAACACAUUGAAAAUGUUAUUAAAGACCUGCUUGAAAAGGAAGGACUAAAGGCAGAAGGUAUGCCCCCACAUACAGGUUGAUGUCCACUGUCCACUUGGUUAUGGUUCUACUAUGAUUCCUUAUUCUUGAGAUUAAUUCUCACACUACUAAUACAUGCAUUGUAGAUCCAUGUACUGAAACUGCCUUUACUUUUUUCUGCACCUUGUUGUAAGAGCACUCUUAACUCCCUUGUGUGUUUUGUGUUUCUAAAGGUGCUUUAAUUCUUUGUGGCAAGGGGUGUUAAGCAAUCAAUACAUUGAUUUCUGUGUAGUCAAUUUAUAAAAAAAAAUCCUCUUUCUUUUAACAUAUUACCUGUUACUUUGCUGACUUGCUAUUAAUCAUAAUUUCCCUUUUUAUAAUUGCAUUUUUGGGUUGUGCUUUCCUUUAAAAUCUAUAGUCCUAUAAGGUGCUUCUGUCUGACGCUGAAACAAUCAAAUGGCACUUUUUAAUUUAAUUUUCUCUUCUCUUUAACUGGGAAGAAAUGCCAUUGUGCUCAUAAAAUAUAAUUUUUACAGAGAAUCCUGCCAUAGCACAAAGUGUAAUUCUUCAGAAUCAAAUCUUGGUGUGCCUCUGAUGUCACUUUUCACAGAUCUUAAAACAUUUGUAUGAGUAAACCAGAUCUAUGCAACAAUAAUACUGUCUGUCUUAUAUGCAGUUGUAAAUAUUUAUUUAGAAUUUAAUUAAUCACAAGGCUGAAGAAUGAUUUGUAUCCAGGAUUGCCAUUAUUUUAUUUUAUACACCCUUCCCUGAAUAGUUUUUAUUUAUUUAAAUUUAGUGCUGAGGUAAGUGCAUUGUUUUUGGAAGAGUAACUGAAUUAUUAUGGUAGCUGCUAAUAGCAACAGCUGCCCUGUAGUUUUAACAGUUGCUAAUAUUGGGCAGGUAGAAAUGUAUGUCCUGGAGAGGAGUGUCACUACAGUAUCUGUUACACCAUGCAUUGCAGUUUUUAAUGAUCCCCACUGUACAGUAAGGGAUUGGUUUAGUAGCAAGGAAUGUCAUGUUGCUUAUGGCACACACAUGUUAUGCAGUCUUAAUGCAGUCCUGCAUGGGGGGACAUUUUCUUAUAAUGCUCCAAAUGAAGCCUUUGGUGUGAUCUGCAAAGUACAAAUAUACACAAUUAAACCUAGUCCUGCUAAAGGCAGUAGGUGUCUUAGGGGAAACAAAUGAAAAAAAGUGUGUGUGUGUGGUUUUUUUUUUUUCACCGUAAAUAUUUGUCAAGCUGCAUAGCAAAAGUAUUUACAUGGUUUAAUAUAGUUUUUUCUUUUAAGGUAAAAUUGAAAUAAAGAUACUUACAACUAAUGCGUUUGGGGAGGACGGUGGACAUUUACUCUCAGACGAGGAUACUAAAACCUUGAAAGAUAUUGUCUUCAAUAUACUGGUAUGUCCCUAUAAUAUAUAGCCUCUUGCUAUUUGCCUCAGUGCAACGUAAUCCUCCUUGUGAAGAAGUGAUGAUGAUUAUUAUUUAUAUAGCUCCAACUUAUUCCACCGUGAUUUACAAUAUUAGAAAGAGGGGGAAAAUCUAACAAUACAUGAGACAAUUUACAGGAACAAUAAGUUGACGAGGACCCUGCUCAAAAGCGCUUACAACCUAGAGGAGGUAGUCCAUAAAAACACAAUAGGAAGGGUAUCGUGGGGGAUAGCAACUACUUGAUGGGAUGGGAAUGUCGCAGAAUUGGAACGUUAGAGUAGAGUUUGGUAUAAUAAGAGCAAGCAAGAAAAAUGUUUGUGAAAUUAGUUUGCCUGGGAGGCCUUUGGCAGUUCUGAAGAGAGGUUUUGCAGGACUUAUUAAAUGAUUGAAGACUAGGGGAGAGUCUGAUGGGAAUAGGCUGUUCCAAUGGAGUAGAGAUGCCCCCGAGAAGUCCUACAUAUGCAAGUUAAAAGAAUGGGUACGAGCAGAGGACAGGAAAAGAUCAGACUUCAAAGUUGUCUGUUCUAUUCAUAAGCCGCAGGUAAUAACAAGGCAAUAAGGUGUUUUUAUUGAUAAAGAGCAAUUUUAGACCAAAAUUUUAAAAGUGGAAAUGAGGGGUUGUACCUGUUACUGACUAUUAACAGCUGCAUUUACAAAAUAAUCACACAUGAUACUAAUACAUUGUUUAAUCAAGUUACUUAUUUUCAAUAUACGUGCAUCUGAAUUUAAUUGGUCCAGGUUCAAGGUUCAGAAGAGGCCCAUAAAGAACAGAAACGACAACAGCAACUGGAGGACAACUACCGUUUUGUGUGGAAACAAGAUCAAGAUGAUUCAAAAAGCACAAGUGCUGCUACAGAGUCUGAUGAUGUGGAAUUUUAA